AAAGUGAACUGUGAGCCAUAUUUAUAACCGUAUCCCUGAAGUUCUCAGCUCAUCGGGAAAGAAUCCUCCUGUGUUUUGCAUACCGGUCGUAACUCAAGGGCAAAAUAUAUCGGUGUGUUCGUCUGAGGGGCUGACCGUGAAGAAAGCUGUCCAGGCUUGUUAGUUUCUGCAGCAUCUGUUAAAGCUGCCGGGCCCUGCCUCCCAGCCCCUCCUGGUCAGCCAGCGGAAACUCCCAUCUAACGCAGGUGUCCUGAGCAUAUCUAGCCCAAGCAGGACAAACGGCCAAUAGUUUGGUUUUUUAUUGACAAAGCACACACUUACAGCAGCUCAUAAGGUGCACUGAAGACACACAUACACACACACUUCUUGUGACUACGUAGGUGAAAUAAAAACGGGAUUAGACAGGAGGAUAAAGCUGCUAGUGGCUGCUGUUGAUAUUGGCUCUAUACUGCCUCCCUGAACUGGAUACCUGAUGCUGGGGAACAAGUGUGAGAGAAGACUAUUACUCUCACGUCUUGCUUUGGGGUUUUCAGGCAACCAAUGUGAGAAGAGAAAUACUGGAAUAGAUGGGCCUUUGGUCUGAUCCAGCAAGGCUCCUGUUAUGUUCUUUAAUCUAACUACCAUUUCCUGAAUAAGAGGAUGGAAAUCUUGUAUAGUUCCCUAAGGAUAACCAUUGGUCUGUCAAAGUGGGCUUGUAGGAGAUAUGUCAAACUGCUAUGUAUUGGGUUUAACACAUUUUAUGUUACAAGGUGUGUUCUAACCAAUCAUAGAAGCGUUGGUAGACAAACGUUCUAAGGGCAUUUAAGCGCAUGCACUUUCAACUGUCAACUGUCAACGGUCAGUUCAUGCUCAGGUUUAUUAUAGUGUGUCCAGUCAGUUUGGUUCUUGUGUUCCUAUGAGUGAGCUGUUGUCACUGACAAAUGUUGAAUAAACUUAGUUGGGGAACUUAUAUUGCCUUGGGAUUCUGACUUUUUCCGAACAUUUAAUACUGGCGACGAAGGUGGGAUCGAUGAGCUCCCGCCGGCUGCCAGAGGCCCAAGACUGCACUGCAGCACCGCCACCUGCCGCCUCGCAAUAAGCGCAACCUCACUGCCACGCUGGACUCAGCAAAUAGUCCCGGAAAUGAGACCGCUCCUGCUGCGUCUUCACAACCACCCACAAUCGCACAAGCAACUGCUCCAGGUCCGAGGAUGGCCACCAGUCAUAGUCGGCUGCCACCGGACUUCGAUAUGAGCCAUCCUACAGAAUGGCCACAGUGGCUCUGCCGAAUAAGGAGCUAUGUCUGACUACAAGGCUUCACUAGGGAGGCAGACAAGUGGAUGUGCUACUGACGGUGAUGGGAAGUUCCGCCAUCACUCUAUUGGAAGGUCUGAUGGCAUCCAGGGACAUAGAGGCAUGCACUUUCGAUGAGCUGACACAGGCUAUGACAAGACACCUCGCGCCUCAGCCAACUAAGAACCACUGCCGCUAUGGCUUUGCGCACAGAGAGCAACAAGCGCAAGAGUAAUCGAGUGAAUACAUCUUGGUUCAUGCUACAGCACAAGGACGCACUAAUAUUUCAGGUAGGAACAUCUCGACUUCCAAGAUUCUGCUAUCAGAAACAAUUUGCUGCCGCUGGUUCCUUUGAAGCAGUUUCUCCCUGACUAGAUCCUGAUGAGCAGGAUCCACACCUAGUGUAAAUGGCAAGCGUUUAACAGAGACCUUUAAAGGGAACCUACUUUAAAAUGCAACGGCACAAAUGUUUUAUUCAUGUUCCAAAGACAGUCAUGUGCAUGAUCACUGUCUUUUGAGUUAUGUCAGUUUUAGCUGACAAAGGUUCAUGGUUGAGUACAGCAUUCCGCUGCACUCCUGUUUAAAUAAGGGAUAUUUUGUAAAGCCAGAGGCUGUGUGGCCUCAGGAGACGUGGGAUUGCGACUAGACAGACACAGUAGCUUUGCGGAUGUUAAGUUGUAAACUGGAAUCUCCCUGCAGAGAAGGAAUCUACGUUUUAGUCUGUUUUAUACAUGAAUGAAUGAAUGAAUUAAUGAAUGAGAGAGGCUGCAAUUAUGAGGUGGGGAAGCUCAGGCCUGGGGUGGAUGCAAAUGCAGCCCUUCAGUCUCUGUAUGUGGCCCUCAGUACUCUUUCCACACCACACCCCCUCCCAAGGCCACCCCUCUCGCCAGCUCUGCUUUUCACACUUUUUGAGUAUUUUUGCCCAGUGAGCACAGCAACUCUUCCCAGCAGGUCUUGUCCCAAUGAGGCAGUUGCGAGGACAGUUUUCUAAGUCUCCUUGUCCCUCAGCUCCUUCCCAAGCAAACUGAGACUCUGACACCUUGUCUGUCUCUGCUUUGCUGUCUUCAUGCCUCUGCCAGUUCUGGGAGACGGGGGGGGGGGAGGAGCUGCUUACAGCAGGAGGGGGGACUCCUUGACUUCUUCAGCAGCCUGCCUGAUCUCUGCCUCUUGGUCUCCCUCUUCUCCUGCCUCAGCUUCUGCCUCUGAUUCUGGACUGCUCUCUUCCACAGCCUCUUCCUGCUCACUAAACCCUGUUACCUCUUCAGCUUCCGACACCUCCUCCAGCCUGCUCCCUUUUCUCUCUUUGACCACUCAUCGCCGUCCCACCACCACUCCCCAAGCACGCCCCAAGCACUGAGUCUUCUUCCCUUGGAGGUUCCCUAGCCCUUCCACUCCUCAGCAGCCAGCCAGUCUGUGGCAGUCUGUGUAUGCAGAAAAUUGCCUAGUGUAUCAUUUACAUGAUGUCCCGCCCACUUUUGCCCCUGGCUCCACCCAUCAAUGACACCUCAGAAAGUUGCCCAGUGGAGACUGAGGCCCUCGAAGACUCCAGGUUCCAUCCCUGGCAUCAAAUGUGAAGAAUUACCACCAGGAGGGGUUAAAAUUCUCCUGCCCAGAAACCUAGAAAACUGCUAGCAGUCUGAAGAGACAAUGCUGAGCUAAACAAAGAGGUGGUUUGACAGAUUAAUUUGAUUAAGGGUUGUAACAAUAACGCAGUACAUGCAUGUCUUCACAAGCCUUUUGCUCUUAUCCUGGCAGCAGGUCACGAAAACAACCUACGGCAUGCGGCUCUGUUGUUCUCUUUGGAGUAUUCCAACAAGCCCUACAGUGGUGUGAACUGAGGAUGGCAAUAACGCUCUCCUCAGCGGAGGGAUAUUUGCAUUCCUUGUCAAGUACUGCUGGUGUCUCUGUGGGAUUCCAUUUCUGCUCUGUUAUUAUAGUGCUUUCUGAAGUCGGUGGUUAAUAUUAACUGACAGGGCCAGCUGAGAAUGUUGGGCUUCCCCAUUACGGCUAAUGAAGCAAAAUACUAAUUGAGGCACCGACUGCUUCCUUGUACUUAAUCGCAUUACGGCAUCUCAACUUGGCUUCACCACGAAUUCCAGGGCCUGUUGAUGUACAGUGGUACCUCGGGUUAAGAACUUAAUUCGUUCUGGAGGUCCGUUCUUAACCUGAAACUUUUCUUAACCUGAGGUACCACUUUAGCUAAUGGGGCCUCCCACUACCGCCGCACGAUUUCUGUUCUCUUCCUGAAGCAAAGUUCUUAACCCGAGGUACUAUUUUUGGGUUAGCGGAGUCUGUAACCUGAAGCGUCUGUAACCUGAAGCGUCUGUAACCUGAAGCGCCUGUAACCCAAGGUACCACUGUAUCUCUUUUUAAGAUCUGGGUUCAGAUACCUUCUCAGCCAUGAAUCUCUCAGGGUAGCUGUAGGCCAGUCGCUACCUUUCAGUCUAACCUAUCUCAAAGGGCUGUUAGUAGGGGGGAAAGGCAAGGAACAUGCAGGCUAUGUUGUGCUCCUUGAAGAAUAGGUAGGAUAUAAAACAAAAUGGUUGGGUCUGUGAUUAUUACGCCUCCAAAUGUGUUAUGAACAGAACCUUUAAAAAAAGAAAAAGAAAACUGAAAAACAAUCGCAGCUUAAAUGAAUUUUAAAUGGAAUAUCAGAAGUUCAGAUUUGUCGAGCCAAACUGAAAACACAGUCCUUCAAUAUGUCCGGCUGCACAAGCUCAUUGAGACGAAUGGACACUUUCCAAUUAAGCCCUGAAAUAAAGGGUUUUCCCUGUGUUAAAAAUAUGGAGAGGCAGCAGAUUUUGUCGCCACCCCCACCCCCUCCACUAUUGUCCUCUAGUGCUGAUGGGGCAUGGCAGCCAUUCAUUGCUCCGAAUUGGCUGUGCUCACCCCUGUCAAGAUUUGCAUAGGAGAAGGUCCUGGUGAGCUGUGCCCUUAAGGGUUUAAACUCGCUCAGUCAUUGCAUCUCCUCCAAAAGUAAUGUGGAGUGACUUGCAGAUCUUGCCAUGGUUUACUCUUUAGCAUGGUCAGGGAAAGGUUGGCCUGAGACAUUACCUUAAUGGGCAAUCUCUCUGCAGGGCUGGUUCCCACCCUAGCAAAGUCACUACUAUAAGGAGUCUGGAGAAAAGGAAAGGAAAGGAAAUCCUGAUAACAUAUUCCUGAGGAAACUGAACAAAAACAGUAUAUAAUUUGAGGAGAAAGAAACAGAGAGUUUUUGUCUUUCUUAUUUUGGUCCUUGUUCAGGGCAGGGAUGUAUAGGACCCAACAUACACCAGCAAACAUCUUGCCAGUCUGCCUGGUUGCUAGGCAACACCUCCCCAAUUCCUGGAAAACCCGGACGUAUGGCAAGUUGGGCUAUUUUAAUUUUUUUUUUAUCUUAAAAAAUUAAAGAAAAGCCCCCAAAAGCUCAACAACUUCAACCAAAAACAAAAAAGAAGAAGUUCAGCAGCUCUGUCCGGAUUUUCACUUUUGGGAAUAUGGCAACCCUACUUUAACACUAACAGAAUUACCGGUAGCCCUUAAAUUACAUACUUAAAUGAUCUCUGCUGCUGCAUUUCCACCUCCCUCCACAACACAGAGACCCCACCACCAGAGAAGAAAAUCAGCUGGCAAUGGCAAAGUAACCACCAGCAAGGGGAAAUCAUUGGGGGGGGGGGCUUCAAAGCAUCUGGUUUACUUUUGGGGGUACUGCUGCUAUUUUUGAGACUUGCAUUUUCCAUCUACUUGCUAGUCUGCUCCCCCAUGCUUAGCAUAUAUUCUCUCUCUCUCUCUCUCUCUCUGUGUGUGUGUGUGUGUGUGUGAAAACACACAUGUAUAAAUGAAUAAACAGCUAUCAUAAAAAUCUUCCAAAUCUUGUUUGGAAGAAAACUAAGCCCUGUAGAUUUCUUCAUCCUCAGAAGUGGAGAGACUGUAGCAAUAUGCUUUUUAAAAUUAUUACAGAUUUUAAUACAUUCAUAUCUUGCCUUUCUCCCAUGAUGGGGCUCAAUGUGGUAUUUCCUGGUUGCCUCCCAUCCAAGCACUGACCAAACCCAGACCUGCUUAGCUUCAGCAAGGUUUCUGCAUCAUGUUUGCUCAGUCCAUGCCCUUUGUUAUGCUUUCAAAUGAAGUCAUAGCUAUGCUUUCCAUUAACGAGAAAGCAACCAGGUGCCCGAAGCGUUUCGCCUGUUCCUUAGCUUUGACAUUUUGACAAUAUGCUUCUUGUGUGUGUUGAUAUUAUAUGAAUUGCCUCCAUCAACAACUACAACAAUUAAAACAAACUUAUUUGUUUUUUGGCUCUCCCCUCCCCCCCCCCAAUCCUACCUUGCUAACAUUUUGGGGUGUGGGCGGAACUAUAAAUACAUGCAGGCAGCUCUUUAUUGAUCCCACAUUCCGUAGGGUCUCCCCCCGAUUCAAUUACAUUUUAAUUUCAUUUUGCUCAGCUCCGAUUUAUAAUGCAGUCUUUGCUUCCCUGCAUUUACAUCUGUCAAGGACCUGUAUAAUUUAGCAGUGCUCCUUUGAAGACAAUGAUAAAAAAAAAAAAACGCACUCAAGGUGCAGCCCAAAUCCUCUUUUGAAUAAUAAGUUCACAGCUUUGCCUUAACUGUAAUUCAGGCGUCUAACAUGAUUUUCACCUUGAAUUACCACAAUCUCCUUCUUAAUGAACCGAAGGACAGAGAUGUGAGUUAAACAUUCCCAGCAUUUCCUCCAGAGCCACUGCCAUGCUCUUUGCUUCCCAUUAGGUGUCAGUGCAGACUAACGCAAUAGGAUGCCACUAAAUAUGCUUUUCUCCUUUAUAAAAAUGCGUCUAGGCACACUUUACGUGUGAAGACUAUGUGACGCACCUAUCGCCAUGUCAGCUGGGGAGGGGAGACUGUCCUUAUACAGUAAACCCCCCUAAAGCAAGCUGCAUCCAAGGCCAGCUGAAUACAGGCCUGUAGCUCAGGCGUAGUGACUAUUUCGCAUGCAAAAGGUCCCAGCUUUAAUCCUCAGCAUCUCCAGCUAGGGCUGGCAGGAGAGACUUCUGUCUGAAAACCUGGACAGCUGCUGCCAGUCAGUGUAGAUAAUACUAAGCUAUAUAGACCAAUGGCAGAAGGCAGCAUCUCAUGUUCCUGUGAACAUUUAUUUAUUUAUUUGCUGCCAGGGAGAGUGGCAAAUGCCUUCCCCAGUCAAGGCAUCAAUAAUACCCAAGGCUGGCCCCUGAGACAGAAAAUCCCAUAAGCAUCUCUCCCUGCCCUCAGCAAAUGAAAACAGAACAGAAAAAAUAAUUAACAAUUUGAUACAUGGGCGUAGCCAAGGGGGGGUGGCAGGCAGGGGCAGCUGCCCCCCAAUCAAUAGAAAUUUUUUAAAAAUACAUAGCAAACUGAGGUUCUGCGCCCCCCAACAAAAGGUCUGUCCCCCCAACAAAAAUCCUGGCUACGCCCAUGAUUUGAUGCCCUCUCACGAUGCCCGAAGUCAGUUGCCUGAGGCGGCUUUCUCACUAGGCCUAAGGAGAUGGGAGUAAAAAUAUGAAAUGAUCCAGUGGCAGGAACUGAAUGUAUACAGUGCUUUGGGGGGGGCACGUAGGGGUACGCAUUCCCCUAAACAUUUUGUGAAUCUAAGUUUGGCCUCACUGAGGGGCAGUAUUUCAAAAUGAAUAGGAAAAUGAGAGUACCCCUAAACAUUUUUUUUUUUUUAAGAAAAAAAGCACUGAAUAUAUAUACUUUGUUGCAAGGAACUAUUACGAUCCUGAAUGGUCUGGCCUGUAAACUGCAUCUCAGAGGAAGGAAAAGAGUUAUAUUAACCUUUCCUAAAGGAAAAUUGAAUUGUAAAACCAUUUAAGCCACACACCACCCUUGCACUCAUUCAGGUGGCAUUAAGUGUCUUCCUUUCUCUACCAAAGUGUUUGUGACUUGACUUUUCAAAAUGCACCCACCUGACCUUAUGUUCUUGGUGCGUCUCAAGGACCAACCAGCCUUUGAUGUUGCAGCCCUUGAAUGAGCAAUCAUCCGGUGCUUUUUUUUCAAGAAUCUAGUCUAUUUUGUAGGAGCAAAAUGGAUAGAAAAUAAAGGCAGGCAGGCCCGUAUCUUGGAACCAGGACGAGCGACAGGUUGUUUUUUUGCAGAGAAGCCAAAAAUGUUUGUUUCCCCUCCUUAUUGGGGAGGGAAUGUGUUUGCUGACGUUCUGCUGAAGGCUUCACCUGCACGGAGUCAUGUCACAGGCCCAGAAGCCCAAAUGCAUGUGCCCAGUUUGAUACAGAUUGCUGAACCAAAAGUUUUAGUGGUAGUAUGAGAAUAUACUGUGCCAUCAUUCAGUGGAGAGCUGAUGGGAAGCAACAAACUGGCCUCUGCCACUAGCUAGGGCCUCAAGAUCACCCCCUCCUCCCAGUCUUCUCCCUCUGACCCCUCAUCAUUGUCCCACCACCAACCCCUUGGUUCUGAGCCUUCUUCCCUUGGGGGUUCCCCAGUGGGUUACUAUCACCAUUCCUCUGCGUCCAACCAGUCCAUGACACCAGCCACACCUCUGAAAGCGAGUAAGGAAACUUUCCUGGGAUCCCAAAAAGGCAGGCAAGUGAGUCAGAUUAGCACCAAAGGGAGCUCUUAUCCUGCCCCAUGGGCCUCAGAGCCCUGACCCACAGGCUUCAGGAAUCUCUGGUUGCCCUAAGUGUGGCUAAGUGUGCACUCUUCCCACCUGGGAUCAAAUCUACACUUCCAGGUGUCAUAAGAAAGCUGCAGAGAUAGUGCAGGAUAGUGCACACCCCGGAAAUGAUCUCUUUCAGCUUCUGCCUUUUGGAAGAAGGUACGGGGUUAUAAAGACUAGGACUAGCCGUCUGAGAAACAGUUUCUAUCCAAAUGCGAUUUUGGUUUUAAACGCAGUGUAAGGUAGUCUCUAUGGGAGUAUAUGGUAUUUAUUUAUGGGGUAUCAGAGUUUUUACGGGGCUAACCAGGCUGGGAUAGCUGGGAUAGCAGGCUUGUUGGUUUUUGAAUGUCUGAUGCAGAUUUUUUCAAUUUCGUUGUUCUGUAUGGGACAAUGACAAUAAAGAUUAUCGUAUCAGUUGCUCAGUUAGGCAGCCUGCCUACUCCAUCUUCCUGCAAAAAGUAGCUAGAUUAACUUAAUUUAGUUUCCUGUGUUGCAGGGGGUUGGUCUAGAUGACACUUGUGGUCCCUUGUAACUCUACAAUUUUAUGAUUCUGUAGGUUCCAGCCAAUUCUGUUUAGUGAGCGAGGAGGAAGAAAAACACCUACAUUUCCCAGAGUUCAUGUUGGCAGGAAGGAAGGGCAGAAGAAGCCUUAGGCUUCCCUCCACCACCACCCCGCCUACUUGAUGUGUGGGAAGUAGGCAGAGAAGGGAAAUUGACACAUCACGGUUAUUAUUUAUUGUAUAUAUAUACCACCCUAUACCCGGAGGUCUUAGGGCAGUUCGCAGGAAAAAAAUCAAAAUAUAAAACCACAAAAUAUAUAAUCAAAAUAAAAACAACCACCCAACAGUGGUGUAGCAUGGGUUGUCAGCACCCGGGCAAGGCAAGUAAUUUGCGCCCCCUAACCCGUGGAUUUUAGCACUCGAGUCUCUUCCAAGUAGCUCUUCCAAGUGCAAGUAGAUAAAUAGGGACCGCUUACCAGCGGGAAGGUAAACAGCGUUCCGUGUGCUGCGCUGGCUCGCCAGAUGCAGCUUGUCACGCUGGCCACGUGACCUGGAAGUGUCUGCGGACAGCGCUGGCUCCCGGCCUAUAGAGUGAGAUGAGCGCACAACCCUAGAGUCUGGCAAGACUGGCCCGUACGGGCAGGGGUACCUUUACCUUUUAACCCGUGGAUUUUAGCACUCGAGUCUCUUCCACUAGAUUAGUUAAAGAAACCCUUACCCCCUAAGCACAUGUAUUGUUUGUUAUGAAAAUACUGAUGUAAUUUAAGUAAAAUGCAUCUAAAUACAAGUUUAUUUUGGCAUGAUAUAGGUGUAGUAUUCUGCUAAAAUUCUAAAAAAAGAAAAAAAAAAGAAAAUCACUUUCUUGCCUUGCUGCACUUUUAGCACCCCUUCAUUGUAUAACCAUUUCUUUACUCUUAACAUAAUGUUUAUUCACCUUCAUGCCUAUUGCCUUACUCUUUCAGCAAAAAUUUUUUUUAAAAAAAAUUAAAGGUUGCUAGACCCACUGGCUUACAUCAACUUAUGUUGAGCUGGAGCAGCUACAUAUGGAUCGAAAUCUGUCUCGUCACUGUUGAACCAACCAAACUUCAAUCCAUCUGGUCAGCUCAACAUGCAGAAUGACCAGCGUGCCCCCUUUCAAUGCAGAGAGACCAGCGUGCCCCCUUUCAUUGCAGAGAGACCAGCGUGCCCCCUUUCAUUGCAGAAUGACCAGUGUGCCCCCUUUCAAUGCAGAGAGACCAAUGUGCCCCCUUUCAUUGCAGAGAGACUUACCUGCAGCGGCGGCUUCUACUCAGUUCCCCGCGUCUCCUCGAGUCCUCCCGCCUCCUGCUCGGCAGCUCAGCCAAUUGCAUGCAUUCGCCUUUCGGCCAAUGAGGAAGUGGAUCCCACUUCCUGAUUGGCUAGGAGGAGGAUCCGUGUGACAAUAGCGAAAUUUUUGCGAAAUCUGUGACAGCACUGAGAGUGAGUGAGUGAGCCAGGUAGGGGCAGAGAGCUGUGAGUGCGAGCGCGCGCCCCCCAGAUGUUGCGCCCGGUGCGGCCGGCCCCCCUGCACCCCCCACGCUACGCCACUGCCACCCAAUAUCGUCCCCCCGCCCCUCCCCCAGAUCACAGUUUUGGGCACCCACCUCACCUAGUUUUGACAAUUCUUUUCUGUCCCUGUUUAUUUUCCCAAAAGCCACGAGCAAAGUUCAUCUCCUCACUUUACACAUGACAACAGUGCUCUUUCUGAGAGCUGAAGGGCAUCCUCAAGUAGCUUUCUAAAUGGAAUUAUUUCAGGAUGAACAAUACUUGUUCAUUUUAUCCUUCCCGCUUUCAAGUGUGAUCAUUUCAAUGUACCAACCCGCCCCCCCCACAUAUGGGCUAGAUUGUUUAGCCUCUCAGCAAGUAGGUGAUCCAUAGGAAUGUUUGGAACAGGCAACAGUCUUAAGACUUACAAGCUGUUGGGAUGGCUGUUGAUUUUAUUUUCUAUUUUUUUACAAGUGUCAACUUAUCAUAUUAUCAUCUUGUCAUAAGUUCCCAGGGCAGGACACCACAAUUUAAAACACAACAUUAAAAUCAGUUUAAAACAAAUGACAAAAACAAAAAGUGUUGGGUAGGUCAAAUACCAUGUCAGGGUAAAGAUGCUUGUAUCUUUAUGUUUGGAUGUUCUGUGCUCUGGUAAUGAUCUAUUUUUGUUACAGAAGUCACAAUAGCCAAUCAAUAGGCUUGUGAUUUCAGUUUGUUUGUCAACUUCUUCAGAUCUAUCUAUCUAGUGCAUCUGGUACCUUCUUAGAUUUCAAAGGACUGUGCAAUUGAAACACGCAGAAUCUACUUAAUACACAUCAGAGGUUGCCACUCUCAGCGUUGGUACUACCAAUAUAAUUAGAAUCACAGGAAACUGAGUAGAGCAGCUCAUUUAUUUAGUGCUGCUUUUUAAUGCGUUUACUGACAGAUGUGCUUUGCCAUAUUCCUUUGCUUCUUAGUGACAACACACACACACAUUGUUUUUUUUUAAAUCUAUUUUAUUCCGCUUCAUUAUUCUAGCUGGAUCAUUAAUUCUGUCACCUGCUGGAGGUAAAUAACUACACAGCCACCCUGAGAUUUCAGGGCCUGUGAAUUGCUCUUCCCCUCGCCCCCUUCCUUAGAAUUUCUCUUGUAAUGUAAUAGCUAGGCUGUUCUGUUUUGUAUAGGAAUAUGGAUGGGCUUUUGUAUUCCUUGACUGCUUGCUUAAUAGCCUCUGAUGGGCUGCUAGGACCUUCUUUCACAAGGUGUGUUUGGGCAAGGUUGAGACUGAGCUGUUUUAACUAUCUUACUGACGGUUUCACCAUUAUUUAAUCCUGCCAUUGCUGGCACUUGGCUCUCUGUGUUCUGAUGGGUGGAUUAUAUUUUCCUGUUCGGCUGUAUUUUGUCAAGAAAGUUUGCAAGCCUGCUUGGAGGACCUAGUUUUAUGUUAAACGUUGUAAAUAAAUAACGUGUGCUUGUGUGAAUGAAUCCUUUGGAAGUCCAGGGGCCACCUCUGGGAGUGGGGGUUUCUGUCCUCAAGUUUCACUCCUCCACCCAUAUCCAUUUAACGUCAUGGCUUUCCCCAAAGAAUCCUGGGAACUGUGGUUCCUCAACAGCGCCAACUUCACACUUCUCAGCACCCUCAACAAACUACAGUUCUCACGAUUCUACAUGACUAUGGAAGAAGGGUAGGACUGCUUUAGGUUAAUGGGGUGGAUGUGAGGGGUGCUCAUUUUGGACUUUAUGACCUGUAACAUGGUUGCUAUACAUCCUAGGAGUUAAAGGAGGCUGGGGCCCUCUUUGCCAUGUGCUUUAUUGAUGAGUCCCUUUCAAUCCCUUCCACAGAAAGCGACACAAAGACUUGCUGAGGGGAAAAAAGGGUGGUAAAGAAAGAAAAGGGAGAGAAGGCUGGGUAUAGGGCCGUGCAAGCUGAGGAAACUAGUUUUGGACCUCUAACUGCAACUUUUUUUGAACAACAACAACAACAACAACAACAACAGAAUUUCAAGUUUUACAUAAUUGAUUGGAAAAUAAACGGGGAAAACAGAACCUAAAACAGACAUCAUUGUUCUGAUAAGACAAAAAUAUGAUUUAUUAUUUUCAUUUCCAUUAUGUGAGAAUAAUACACUUUCCAGUGUGGGGCUUACUGCUAUGGGGCAUUUGAAGCUUGAUAUACCUUAGGGCUUCAACAUGUCUUAAUAUGGCCCACAACCUCAUUCUGAGAUUUAACUCCUCAUCUUGAAUACUCAGGGCAGGAGGAAGCUAUGACCCUGAAGCCUGUUGCUCCCUCACCCAUCAGCACCCCAGUCAUCCACCACUCAUGUCAGUAAGCCAUAUUCAUGAAAUAAAAACAAUAAAACCAAAAGUCCAAACACCACUAAAGAAAAGAACUUUAACUUGCCCCAAAUGCCAGUGGCAGUAUCCUGGGCUGGAUUCCAGUACUGUGUGUGCUUUUGUCCCAAUGAAAUCAGUGGGACCGAAAACAUGCCUAGCAGGAGAAUCCUAAGCAUGCCUACUCAAAAGUAAGACAUAGUAAAUUAAAUGGGGCGUACUCCCAGGUAGGGGGUUAGGAAUGCAGCCUAACUUGCCCCAUUAGCUUCAAUAGUACUGCACUGAUUUAAGUCCUGCUGGAUUCAAUCAUCUGGUAUCUUACCACAUCUUAUCAGAGAUAGCUACAACGUGAGAAAAUGUAAUCCUACAAUUCCCACUCCAACCCAGCCUAAAAUAACUAUAUUUUUUAAAAAACAACCUUUGGGUUUCCUCAAAGUUUCUCAUAUCUCAGCCUGAGAAUGAACCUGAAUUCACUUCAGAUUUUGCUUUAGACAAAAACUUGUGACAACCAAGGGAUAUGCAGGAUACACAGAAAUAUUGCUAGUCUUAAUGUAAUUCUUUCAGCCUAGCACAAUUUUUGUGUGUGUGUGUGAGAAAGAACUCCCAAGUAAAAUUUGCUUUAAAAUACAUUCUAUGAGAAACAGUGGUGGCAAUCCUAUUAAAAACUGAGAUUUUUAACGCAAUAUAGUUUAGUAAUACUGUCUUUCAGGAGCGAAUGUUGCUCAUUGUUCAUAUAGGAGUUGAGGCGGGGGUGGGGUGGGGAAGACUGGUGAAGAUGUACUGUAUGAGAUGCAUGACUAUCAUUGUUGCUUCAUCCUGUAGAACCAGUAUUUCCAGCAGCUAUUACCUACUAGGGAGGAUUCUCAAACUGGCAUGAUUGCACCAGUUCUUUGCUGACUGGCUUGCACUUCUGCCACAGUGCACAUGAUAGGGAUCACUUAUUGAUUCCCCAUCUCUUGAAUUUUGAUUUCAGUCACUGAUACUUGGUUUUCCACUUGCCAGCAUUUGCAAAGCUGACGUAUUCUAGCAUUUAGGCUUCAGGCCAUCUAUGUGCCAGGUUGCAAUACCUUUAGUAAGGGAAAACAACCAGUCAGAAGCUGGUGCUGAAUUGCAGAUUGCUGGCUAAAAUCAGUUCAAGUUCUGCCUCAAAAGUAGACUCAGUACUAUGGCCUUGGGCACAUAAGCAAGCGUAGAACUUUUGUCAGACAAGACUGAUUCUUAAGAUACAAAUUAAGAAAGAUUGCUUCAUAAAAUAUUUCACAAAGCCGCAUCAAUAUACAUGUGUUUUACAAUAUCAACAUACGUAAAACAAAAACUAACCAAAACCACCAGAUUACUGCCUCCAGAAGUUUCCAAUAUGAAUGAGAGAGGGAGGAACAUGAACUGGGAGAAUAGAUUGAAAUGAAAUGUAAAUACAUGUAACACCACAAAUGUCCCUUUUAACUUUAUGUAUUUUGUAUUUUUAUGUUGUGAAGCACCCUAUGAUCUUUGGAUGAAGGGCGGUUUUCAAAUUUAAUAAAUAUUCUUUUGUAUUCUGUUGGAAGCCGCCCAGAGCGGAUGGGCAACUCAGUCACAUGGGCAGGGUACAAGAAAUUAAAAUAACAACAACAACAAUUUAUUCCCUCUAGUUCAUGGGUAGGCAAACUAAGGCCCGGGGGCCGGAUCCGGCCCAAUCGCCUUCUAAAUCCGGCCCACUGGUGGUCCGGGAAUCAGCAUGUUUUUACUAAUAGAAUGUGUGCUUUUAUUUAAAAUGCAUCUCUGGGUUAUUUGUGGGGCAUAGGAAUUCGUUCAUUAUUUCCCCCCCAAAAAUAUGGUCUGGCCCCCCACAAGGUCUGAAGGACAGUGGACUGGCCCCCUGCUGAAAAGGUUUGCUGAGCCCUGCUCUGGUUAUCCUUCUCUCCCUCCUCUCCUUUUGUUGACUCUGGCCAGUGUUGAAAUUUAGACUAAAAUUAUUCAUGUAGGGACCUGCCUUUUUGCUUUUGUUACAUGGUAGAGCACUGCUAUACUGAUAGAGCUAUAUAAAGUAACCAUGAUGAGGAUUUCAACAUUGUCUCCUAGGCAGGGUUGGAGGGGAGAGGGCCAGUGCCACUCCCCUCACAUGCACAUCAACGGUUUCACCAGGGGCCCUCCUUUAUUUUAUCCCAUAUAUGUGAAUGGAAUUAAUUCUUAUGGGGCAAAGUAAAGUCCAGAAAGUCCAAUGAGAGUUCUUAACCAGCUUGCCCUUGCCCAUUACUGGACGUUCUCCAUUUUGACCAGGACUCUUGAGAUCAAGAGUCUCUUGUUCUACUGACUGAGUUAUGUUCCUAGGCUAGAGAAUCAGACUAUAUACAAUAUUGGUCCACACUAAAGCCAAAACACAGGAAGAAAAGGAGUUAAAUGGCAGCAGAAGCUUGUGCAUUUAGAGACAAGAGAACAAUCAGAAGUUUGGGGCUGGAUUAAAUAUUAAGCACAUAAUUAAGGCAUCAAGGGAAGGGAAACACCACAGACAUUUUCCAAUGCCAGAUUUACCAUGGACCAUGUGGUGCAGCUGAAAAUAAACAUUAUUUAUACAAAUAUAGAAAAAGAAACAUUUUCCAUCUUACUGUAGGUUGUUUUAUUUUGAAAAAUAAAAUUGUAUUUUAUGGUUUAAUAUUGUUUAUACAGUUGUACCUUGGAAGUUGAAUGGAAUCCAUUCCGGAAGUCCAUUCAACUUCCAAAAUUUUCGAAAACCAAAUCGUGGCUUCUGAUUGGCUGCAGGAAGCUCCUGCAGCAAAUCAGAAGCUGUGGAAACCCCAUUGGACAUUUGGGUUACAAAAGAAUGUUUGCAAACCGGAACAAUCACUUCCGGGUUUGUGGCAUUCAAGAGCCAAAACAUCUGAGUUCCAGGGUGUUCAGAACCCAAGGUACGACUGUAUUUUGAAAUAGAUAUAUAUAGGGGAACCAAAAUCUUUGAAGUGCUUUGGGCCUCUACAGGUCUUAAUCUGGCCCUGGUGGUGUUGUGUGUAUGUGUUGUUGUUAUUUCCAUCCCCAUCAUUCGGCCCAGACACUGAGGUCCAGCUCCGAGGGCCUUCUGGCGGCUCCCUCACUGCGAGAAGUGAGGUUAAAAAGGGAACCAGGCAGAGGGCCUUCUCGGUAGUGGCACCCACCCUGUGGAAUGCCCUCCCAUCAGAUGUCUAGGAAAUAAACAACUUUCUGACAUUUAGAAGACAUCUGAAGGCAGCCGUUUAGGGAAGUUUUUAAUGUUUUAUCAUGCUAUUAAUAUUCUGUUGGGAGCCGCCCAGAGCGGCUGGGGAAACCCAGCCAGAUGGAUAGGGUAUAAAUAAUAAAAUUAUUGUUGUUGUUUGCAUGCUGCUUUUAACCCAGAGGUCAGCAAGGUUUACCUUGCCUGGGCCGGUUCACUCCAGCGGAGAUCCCUGUGGGCCGGAUUGUGAGCGUGCGCGGCUGCGAUUUCUGGCAUCUGCGUCUGCACAGACACAAUUUUUGGCGUCUGAGCGUGCACAGACAUGGUUUCUGGCACCGCGGUAGCGAGUUGCACCGGUUUAGCGCAGUGCAAGGGGACUUGCCGUGCGGGUGGCUCGGUUUGGGGGUGGCUCGUGGGCCGGUUAAACAACCCCCAUGGGCUGCUUGUGGCCCAUGGGCCUUAGGUUGCCUACCCCUGUUUUACCCCAUGGGUCCUUCCCGCAAACCAGAGCAACAACCCAUUUCAAACUCAAUAAAAAGCAACGCAUCCAAAAGCCAGACCACAAAAAACAGGGGAUAUUAAGUAGGUAAGCUGUCAAGGGAGCCCUUGGGCCACUGAGUCAGCACUGCUGCGGUUUGCAGAACUCUCCAGAGGCUCCAAAACGCGUCCCCAAAAAGGGAAGUCACCAUGACUGUGCGCGUGCGAGGAGGAGCAGGGGGCGAGGAAAGGAGCUGCAACCAGCCAGACAGAACACCAACUACAAAUCCUAUCAGCCCUUCGGCUGGCUGGCGCGCGCGCGCACUCGUGGGGGCGCCCGAACGCGGUCGGCGGCGGCGCAUGCGCGACGUCGCCCGGCUCGUCGGUUGAGCAACGCGGGCCGCGAUUGGCCGCGGCGGCGGCGGCGACGGAGGGAGGCCGAGUGUGUGAGCGCAGUGACGGAAGGAGCGGGGGGCAAAUGGCGGAGAGAUGGUCCAGGGCCCUGUUCAAAGAGCAGCCGCACUAGUAGUAGCAGCAGCGGCGGCGGCGGCGGCGAGAAUCCCGGCGCGGAGGAAGCGGCGGCGCAGCAGCAGCAGCCGGAGGAGGAGGCGGCGGCGGUGGUGGCGGCGGCGCGGCGGCUCCUGCGAGGACGCGAGGCCGGCGCUCUAGCCCGGGCGGCCUGUGAGGAGAGGCGGCCGGAGGAGCCCGAGGCCCCGGGGGCGUCGCCCGAAGGCACCGAGCGAGGGCAGGAAGGAGAGAGCCCGGGAGCCCGGCCGUUGGGAGCGAAGCCGGCGGAGGCCCCGCCACCCCCGUCCCUCUCCACCUACCCCGGCAGGUUUCGUUUCCCCCUCUCCCCUUCCGUUUCUCGGUUGUGGUUGUGCGUUUGUGUGCUCCUCGGCCUCGCUGUGGUAAGUGUGGAGAAUUAGAGAGAGGCCGAGCGAACUCCCGGAGGCCUAUGCCGGGAUCUCCGGCGCUGGGUGAGGAGGCGGCGCCGGCCUGCUUUCUCUUCCUCGCCUUCCCACACGACGGGAAGCCUCGCAAGGCCGCAGAAGGCGAGGCGGCCCCGAGGAUGAAGCCGGGAGGGAAUCCGUAUAUAAAUAUGCGUGUGUACAUAAGAAGAGGGGGAGGGUGGAGGCGCUAACCCUCAAGCCCGGAUGGCCUGCGUUUCUGUGACUAUAAACACCAAGCAAGGGAUCGUCUCUCCCUACCCCCUCCCAAAGCUUAAAAAAUACUCCUCCCCGGUUGCCCCCCAUGGCACGCAUCCGGGAUCGGGGGCUGCAAUCCCGGGCAGGAGGACUCGGUUCCUAGCGGACCGCGGCGCAAGUGACUCCCGAGGAGACGUGCGCGGCGAAUCGGUUCCUGCGACCUGCUUAUUUCGAGGGUCUUAACCCGCCGCCCUGCAUUUCUCCUCUCCCCCCCCUUCCCGUCGCCCCCAAUCGAGAGCCGGGGCGGUUGCGAGCGAGGGGGGCCUUGGGGCGAUCAGGUGGGUCGGAAUCCGAGGCGAGAGAGAGGCGUCGACUCCCGGCGCCGAGGCCUCUUCCGGGGUAAAGGGCUGAGGAGGCGACUUUGGCCUUAUCCUGGAACGGCCCGCUUCGGCUCGGGAUGCUCCCGAUCUCGGGGGGCUGUUGCCCAAAGUACGAACUCCUGCCAAGCUGUCUCGUGCGGUCCAGUAUCCCCCCUCCCCCAGCUCGGACUAGGGCGCGGCUGGGACGCCGCCUCGGGUUCAGAGCCUUCCCACCCAUCCGUUAUUCUUCGUAGGGGCCCCUGUCCCGAAACAGUGGCCGCAGUGGCUCUCUGUUUCCCCGCUUUCCCCUAUGGUCGCGCUGGCGCUGUCUGCUCUCUUGCAAGUUACAUGGGUGGGUGGGGAGCGAGGCGGGAGGACGGUAACAGCCAUGAGAAAACCGGAAGGGAAAUGACGACAGCUUCCAUUAAAUUGGUGUUUUCGUUUGGGAUGACACGGUAUCCUCAUCCUCCCGCCCCUCCAUUGUCGUCAUAAGGCACCAUCGUCGGUGCCUUAAGUUAAAAGGGGGGAGGCCGCCUUUCAUGAUCUGAGAAGCAGUGCAGGAAAAUACAUUAAGGCCCUUGAGGCAGGCUAUCUUUAAAAUGAUUGAUCAGGUGGCUUUCGAUAUAACUUUUUGAACAACCAUAUGAGCGUAGCAUUAAUACUUAAUGAUGUAGUAAACUUUGCACAUUUAUAUUCUGUGAUCUUCUUUUUCACUGUCCCAGCCUUAACUAAUAUCUUAGUGGUCAGCAAAGAAUAUGAAAGGGCUAGGUUGUGAGCUGCAAAGUAAAACUGAAGCACUCUUGGAAGAGUGGAAGGCAGAAAGGAGAAGGUGCUUCAGUUGCAAACAUUUCAAGGCUAGUUUUUUUCAUAGUGUGCUUGAUCUGAUUCAGAACUUUAGAUCAACUUCGGUGUUUUGAACUUAAAUAAUUCCUAGUCUAAUCAAAUGAAAUUUUAGGGUGGGGAUAGAAAACCUGUGGCCCUCCAAACCUUGCUGCGGUACAGCUCUCAUCAUCAUUCACUAUGGGUCUUUGCUGACUUGGGCUCGUGGGAGUUGAGUCCAUCUGGAGGGCUGCAGGUUUCCCCAUCUCCACAGUAAAGUAAAACAAGUUAUUUACCAGGCAAUUUAUGCAAGAUGCUGUUCUAAAAACUGGUGUGUGCGGCUGAAUGUAAUUUGUGCUUUAGCAAGUACAAUUCAAAGUGUUGGUGCUGACCUUUAAAGCCUUAAAUGGCUUUGGCCUAGUAUACCUGAAGGAGCGUCUCCACCUCCAUCAUUCACUGAGGUCCAGGUUUGAGGGCCUUCUGGUGGUUCCCUCACUGCGAGAAGUGAGGUCACAGGGAACCAGCCAGAGGGCCUUCUCGGUAGUGGCACCCACCCUGUGGAAGACCCAUCAGAUGUCAAGGAAAUAAACGACUAUCUGACAUUUAGAAGACAGCCCUGUUUAGGGAAGUUUUUAAUGUCUGAUGUUUUAUCGCUUUAUGAUUAUCAUCAUCAUUAAUUUUGUUGGGAGCCGCCCAGAGUGGCUGGGGAAACCCAGCCAGAUGGGCAGGGUAUAAAUUAUUAUUAUUAAUAUUAUUAUUAUUAACAUUAUUAUUAACCACCCCUAUAGCAUAAGUUGACAAGUUGCACCAGUGUAUCGAUAUUGAUACUGGGCGAGACCAAUACAGGUCAUAUUUGAAUUGCCCCUUUCACCAGCAUUUUCUAGUACAGUAUGUAUGCAUAAAUCAUUUGAUGGUCUAGUAAUAAAUCUACCCUGGUUUAAUAAAAUAUUCCACAUAUUUCAAAUAGCAACUUUAAAAAGCUUGAAGAAUUAAAAUGACAAUAGGGUUUUAAAAAGAAACAAAUCUCAUGAUAAGGGCAACAGCGUUUCUAAAACAAUCUUGUAGUCUUGUGGGCGUAAGGAUACCUAUGUUUGAGAGGAUGAGAUCCACAGCCUUAGGGUAUUCCUGAACAAUGUACGAUACAUGGAAUAUCAGGAUUUUAGUUGUUAGGGAUGCUUUUCAUGGCUUGAUAACAAAUCAAUCAAUACAUUAUACUUUCUUUUGUCUACUGUAUUACCUUCUAAAGAACUGUUCUAGGCAAUUUGAAUCUGUGGCUGUUUUUGCAAACACUGACUUAGUUGUGUGUGGGUCUGUAGGGAAUUAUGUGCUUUGAUUGAGAUGGGACCAUGGGUGUAGCUGGGGGGGGGGGGACAGCUGCUCCCCCCAAUCAACAAAAAUCAAUAAAAAUACUUAACUAACUGAGGUUCUGACCCCCCUAACAAAAAUCCUGGCUACACCCAUGAAUGGGACAUAAACCGAAAGAAAGGUUGCCACAGUUGCUACCUUAUAGGCAGAAAUAAAAUAAAAUACUGAAAAUAACAUUAAUCUACUUAAUAUGUAUGUAUGCAAAAUGGGAUUAACAGUUAAUAGAUUUUUUUUGCAGUUUUCUCUUGUACAAGCUUUGUGUCUUGAAUUUUGUGUGUUGAAAUACUUACCUGGUAUAUUGAAACAUCAGCUUUUUUCUCUUUAGCAGAAUGUUUGUCUUCUAUGCUGAUAAGAAACUCUUUCCCCCACUCAAAAUAUUGAGAUUUCGGAUGUUUUGUUUUUGAAAUUUCAGUAGGAUGCACUGUGGUCACAGUCAGUAGUUUUAUCAUCUGUUAGGAGGUUCAGGAAUGUUUAUUAAAACAAUAUAGCUGGUGUCCCAAGUUCUUAGGAAAACUACAAAGAGACUCACUGUUAAGAUAAGAGCCCCAAAUAGUGUUUUGAUUCCAUAUCAUGGUUGAAGCAUGGGCCAUUUACUGCUAAGAGGAGAGCUAAUAUUAUGGCUGUGGUUUAAACCACAAGGAGAACAGGCUGUGCUGUCAUUGAUGAUUAAAGCUGUUUAUGGUUGUAGCAUCAGAGUCAUGGAGUGAGCCACUGGUGUUAAUCAUUUUAGAAGCAGCAGCCCCCCAAAGUGUUGUGGUCAGAGGCAGAAGCCUGUACCCAUAACCUAUGAGCUAUGUCCCCUUCCCCCAACUCCCAUGGUUUAACUCCAUAAAUUUAAAGCAUUCUUGCCCUGUUCAUCAACCAAAAAGCUUCCCAGGACAGCUUGUAGAUAAUCUUUUUAAAAAAGUAGUCUCUGACCUCAUGACGCACAAGGCAAAAGUGUUGAGGAGGGAAGAUGGAAACUAGCAAGCACAAGAACCGCUUCUUGAUGUUGUUGGGUUCUUAUAACAAGCAGCUUAGAUGGCAACAGUUCAGUGAGAGAAGAAGCCUAAAACAUCUGCAGAGCUGGUGGAGUGGUCCUGCUUCCCUUCUGCCUCAGCUGCAGUCUGAUGGAAUAGUAAAGGCCAAAUUUUCUACCUUGGGUAGAAAAUUUGCCUUUAAGGCUUGAUGCGAAUACUUUCUAAUAUGAAUGGCAUGUCAUCAGUAGUAUAAAAACAAACAAGAUCAUGUAAACAAUUGAAAGGGAGCUUAACUAUGCAUCCCCCCAACGUCAGGUGCAGUCUGUGAAUGUAGUGUGAAAAAUAUUUUAAGAUGACGAACUUAAUUUUUUAUCCAUAACUUGUGUUAUUUUAGGUUGGCGGCAGCUAAACCAGUGGCCCGCCAGAGGUUCUGAAUUACAAUUCCCAUCAUUCCUGAUGGGUCUGAUGGAAGCUAUAGUUCAGUAAUGUCUGAAAGGUCACAGGUUAGACAGCCCUGCUUUAGCUGAUAUUCUGUAAAAGUGCCAUGAGUUUUGUUUCUUGUAAUUAUUCUUUAUUUGAAAGAUUCUUCUGUGUGUAACUCUUAAUGUAAUAAAAUGUAGUAAAAAUUGUAUUCUAAAAGAUACUCAUUUUUUUAUUUCUACAGAGAAUAUGAAACAGUUGUCAAAAUGACAUCCAGAUUUGGGAAGACGUAUAGCAGGAAAGGGGGCAAUGGCAGUUCAAAAUUUGAUGAAGUUUUUUCCAACAAACGGACUACUCUUAGUACAAAAUGGGGAGAAACUACCUUUAUGGCCAAGCUAGGACAGAAGAGGCCCAACAUCAAGCCAGACAUUUCUGAAAUUCCUAAGAAACCCAAAAUAGAAGAGGAAGCAAUAGAAGACCCAUUUGGAUUUGACAGUGAUGAAGAAUCCCUGCCAGUAUCUUCAAAGAAUGUGUCACAAGCUAAAGGUUCUUCUCAGUUGGAGUCAGUCGAACCAUCUCAGUCUGGCGACUUCUCUUCUGUACUUGAAUCUAAUAGCAAAAUUACUCAGUCAAUCAGUGAAGAUAUUUUGUCCAGCAAAUGUGUGUCUUUCGAGAAUGCUGUUCAUGGAUUAAAAGAGAAGAACUCAAACAGAAAUAUGGAGGAUGGUGACCUCAAAAGCAGCAGUGUUAACACUGUAAUAGCAGGUAAGCUUGGAUAAUACAGUUAAUUUCAGAGUUAACAACUAAAGUCAGCCAUGCAAGUUGGCCACUCUUUUGACCAAAUAAUGUUUUCUUUCAGAUUCAGAUGCUUAUCAAAUCCUCUACUUUAAUUGUUCCAUGGCAUGGGCUUAUGCGUAGGGAUUUCUGGUUGUGAGAGAUGAAGUUUCAUAAACUUCACAUAUUUGCAAAUUGGAACGUUUAAUAAAUUUGUGCUCACUUUAGCUGCAAGUUGAAAGUCAGGGAAGCAAGGAAUUGGUUGAGGGAUCUUCUGGAGCACAUUUUGGAGGUGUGCAGUGCAGAAGAGGGAAAUGUGAAUCCGCACCUAGUAUGAGUGGAAGUUGCCCAAACAACGAUGGAUUCUUCCCUUUACAGUGGCUCUGCCAACUUAUGUAUGGUUAAGUAGUGUAUUAGCUUUUAAGAUUAAAACAACUUAUAUGAAAAGUGCAGUUUGGUUGCUUUUGUUCUUUCCUUUAUUAUUUUUAAGGCACCUCUAUAGUGAUGUAGAAAUGUCAAGAUCUCUGCAGAAAUGUCAAAAUAUCUACUUUGUAUAUUAGAGAAGUAAGAAAAACAGAAAUAUGAUUGAAACUAGGGCUGAUAUUUUUUAGCCAUUUGUGGAUGAAGUGAAAAAUCUAAAAUUGGAGUGGAGCAGAAGAAAUGUCCUGGGAGGGGGCAGUUGCAGUUGCAGAAGUUUGGCUUUUUGCUUGGCACAUACCCCCAGGACUCUCCAAUAUCUCGCUUACGGGUGAGGCUGCAGAGAUCCUGGAGAGUAGUGCAAGGCUUAAAAAUAGUUUUAAAAGAACAGCACUUGAAUGCCACUUAAUGUUACAUUAAGUGGCAAGCCAAUGACCAACCCCCCAUAACUCCCAUAAACAUUUUAAUGAACUUAUUUUGCCCUGUCAGGUGACAAGCCCCGUCCUGCUGUUGUGAGGAAAAAACAGAUUUGUAAAACUAGAGGUAGAAUGCUACUGAAACAGGGUUCUGUUUUUGCUGUCUUAUUGGUAACAUGCAGAGCAGGGACUUAAGUAUCCUCCCUACAAAAUAGAACAUGUAAAUCACUUCCUAUGAGAUCAGGGGGUCUGCACUUUGUAUGUUACUGCAGAAGCAAGGAAAGCACAAAACUGACUUGCUUGUGCUUCUCUUUUGCUCACUUGGCAUAAUGUGCAACUGGUUUUGCAUUUUAUACAUAGCUGUAAGGGGAGGCUUGUGGUGUAAUUACCUGUAUUUUAAUGUUACUAGUUUCUGAAAAUGUGUCUAAAAGUUGGAUAAAAGACCUAAGGUAUAACAGGAGGUGAGGUUCAUUUGAAAAUCAUGGAGCAAUAAUACUCAUUAGCAAAAUCCACCUGCUCAAGAAUUGAAGAAAAACAGAUCAUGUUUACCAGAAAUCUCUGGUGUGCUCAAAUUAAAUCCCACAGAGUAAUACUCAUCUGGAUUCCUGAAAUACUUGAUAAAACAACAAGUGUUCAUUCACUAAGCAUGUGCCUGCAUAGAUAAUCAAAUUAAGGUAGUAUACACAUAUAUUAUAUGAUUACAGUAUAUGAUCUCUAAAUCUGAUCACAUAAGCUGUGAUCCAGGAAAUUACUACAUUUGUUACUUUGCUAAAUGCAUAGUUGGGCACUCGAAGUCUGGCAUCUCACAAAAUGUCGCCUCCUCAGCAGCUUAAAUUUCAGACAGAGAGUUAUGGAAUGUUUUAAGUUAGUAGGGUUCUACUGUGCUCUUAUGUCCAAGACUGAAGAUUCUAAUUCAUUUUUAAAAGUGGGCCACUUGCUUGACUGUCAAUUUGGCAUUGUUUGCAUGUCAUCCUAAACCAUAAUUUAGUAGAAACAAAUCACAAUGAGCUUGCUUCCCCUCACCAUACUCUUGUCCAGCCUAGAGGAGAAAUACAGAAGAUUUCACUUAACAUGUUCAAUUGUUGGACGCUGGACCAACAAACUUGCUUAGCUAUGAUUAGUUUCAAACAAGUCACCUUCACACAGUUAUUGAAGCAGGUUUGUUUCUACUAAACAUAGUUAAGAUUGAUGACAGUUCUGGAUCCAGAUGGCAUGGCAAGCUCUGGUUAAUCAAAGCUUGAAACAAACACUUCUGAACUCCUUCCGGAGUCCAGACACAUGGGAGGAAAAGAGAGGGAAGUAAAUAAGCUUGCAGUUUGUUGUUGCUUGUUUCUUCUAAUUCAUAUUGAACUGAGCUUUGGUUUAGCAUGAUGCAGAAAUGCAGCCGCUAUGUAUACAGUUUUUUUUGAUAGGAAUGUGAGUUAUGAUUAGAGAUGUUGUAAUCAAUCUGACGAUGAGAUGCACAGUAAUCAUAAUGAUUUAUGUAGCUUUUGUAAAUGUUGCCUCCUCCAAUUGAUAGUACAAGCUAAUAGCUCUUGCAGCUACAAAGCCAAAAACACAAAAUCUAGAACACGUUGCCUAACUUUUGAUCAGCCCCAGACUCCAUGGCCAUUGGCCAGAGAUGAUGAGAGUUGUCCAUAAGCACCUGGAGAGGCACAGCUUAGAUAUCUCUGAUCUAUAGAACCAGCAGAACCUCUUUAUAUUUCAGAGAGAUCUUGUGUUCAGAAGUGCUAGGAUGAUUUUUAUGUGCAUAGUGAGGAGGGUUUGAUCUUGCCUUCUGGCUUUCUUGAUAACACUCUGGUGUGUGCAAUCAUGAGUAGUAGUUGGGAGGAGGUUGCUUAAUGUUUGCCUCCUGAUAGAAGCUUGAGCUCUGCUAAUGAAAUGCCAUACUAAUGGAAAGCUUUUGUACUAUUACACAUAUGAUCUUCCAUGCUUUUCCCCUCUCCAGAGCUGGAUGAGUUUAUGAACAACAGCUGAUUGAAGGAGUUUGCUUUCCUUAUGCAGGUGAAAUGAAAGUAUGUAGGUGCCAUGCCAAAUUAAGAGGGAUGAAGGACAAUCUGUGUAGGGCUAUCCUUUCCCCCCUGCUGUAGCUGCAGACUUUGACUGUCAGGUACUAAGUGUCACAUCCCUUUUUUGAGUAUAAACUAUUCUUUCAUGAGUAGUGCAUGUCCUUUGGUAGUUAGUGCCUGUUUUAACCAGAACUUUACAAAUGUAGUCUGAGACAACUCUUUACGGGCACAUGUUCUAACUCUGUUCCUUUUUGACUUGAAUUCCUCAAAAACCCUGUAAUGGUUCUGUUUGGUCACUUUGGAAAACUUAUCUUGAUGAUACAGUUGGGAGUUUGCUUAAAGGAUGGUUAUAUUAUCUUUUCUGCCCUUUACAAGUAGUAAUACAGCAGAUACAUGCAUAGUGGUGCCAGUUUCCCCUAAUUCAUUUUAUGAUUCUAAUUUAUAGUCCUAUAAAAUCAUGAUAUUCCUUGAAGCCUCCCUUUCCUAUUAAAUAUCAUUUAUUAUCUGUAUAAAACACAAGCUUGUCCUGGUAAGGAUGUGGUUAAAGGGAACAUCUGUUGGAAGGAUUCUAGAUAAGAAGGCUGUGGAAAGGUUACAUAAAGAUUAGAGCAACAGCUCAAGCAGCAAAGAAGCAAUUUUGGUAAACGUGGUAGGAAAUAGUCAAAGGACAAAGCAGAAGUAGCAAGCUAAAUUCUGUUGUCAACAGCAUUCAUCCUUAAAGAGCUCUACUGUUGAAUUCAUGAGAAUUGACAUUGCAUUUCUGCUUUAGAGCACAAGCAGUGCGGAGAGUUUUGUUUGAUUACCACUGUUGGUAGAAGUUGUAGUGAAGCUUCACUUUAACUGUUUGUGAUCUUGAAAUAUUUUAGACACUUGGCUAAAAUAAUUUAUCAGUAAGUAUGUUCUGAAAGCUUCAUACUACACUUGUUGACUUGGAAUGUUUUGAAGCCUAUAUGUGAGGGUGGAAUAGUUGGAGAUUUGUGAGGAAAGUAGGGUUAUCUGCGGCUUAUAUUCACAAACAAAAAUUGGCUUGGAGCAGGCUUGUCCCCGGAUGUUGCCUGGUUUUGGCUGGGCUGGCUCCCAAGAUGGCGGCGCAGCAAGGGGGGUCCCUGAGAGGGAGCCAGAAGGUGGCAAGGAGGAGAAGGAAGGAAGGAAGGAGCACAGACAAGACAGCGAGCGGGGUCUGCUAAGAGGAGGAACAGGAGAUAUAGCCGGUGUGCUGGGACUGGCACUAGCCCGAGGUGCUGCCUGGCUUUAGCCCGCUGAGGGGCAUGUGAGUCCCACCAGCCUCCGCCUCUCUCUGCCCAUCCCGUCAGGGGCUAUGGUGGUGCUGACCCUCUGGAAGCACUGCUGCCGGCGACGGAGUGAAAGCGCUGUCCCCUUGGCCCCCACUCCUCCUUGGGUAUGGUCUUUUCCCCCCUUUAAUUUUAAAGGUGCGGCUUAUAUCCGGGUGCAGCUUAUAUUCAGAACAAUAUGGUACUGUACAAACUGAUUUCAACAAAUUAGACUUUCUCAUCUCCAAAAGUACGAUGCACUUCAUUGGGGAGAUCAUUUGAAAGUUUUGGAACUGACACUGAAAAAGCUCUGAUAUAGACCCUUUUACUUCUGACCUCAUCACUUGUAGGAAUCACCACGAAAGCCGCUUUAGCUGAUUUUAAACCAGGACAGGUUGGUUUGGGAAAGACAUUCUCUAAGAUAUUUGGGUCCCAGGCUAUUCAGGACAACAUAAGCACUUUGAAUUCAGCUCAAAACUUGCAAAACAUGUAGUUGUUUACUAGAGGCGAGUGACCAUUCAUCAGUUUGAAGAAGUGUUAUUUGAAUUGGUACAAAUAAAGAAUCAAAUAAAGAUUGCCAAAGACAGUAAAACAGUAUGCUAAUUACAACAUAAGGAAAGCAUGGUUACCAUACACACUGCAGAAGCAGGCCUUUUGAAAAAGCAGAAUCCAGUCUUUUAAGUAGUGCACAUACAAUUCUCUCACCUCAUGCUUUAUGUUAUUCAUGAGGAUCUGUAUUAGAGAAGGAGAGUAGGCACAUAAUACAGGCAACAUCUGGUGACUGAUGCUAGUCUUCAGCACAAUGGGCUGGGCUAGUCCCCAGUGGUUGUGCCACCUUACACCAUCCCUCCCCACCAUGCCUGUUCACUCUAGCAGCAGCAGAAGCUCCCUAUUACGUGUAAGUGGGCAGUAUUCCUUCCCCAAUGGCUUCAUCCCUGGCAGAGGUAGGUUUCCUCUGGAAAGCCGCCUGCUAUCAGCAUGGGCAAGGAGCAUAGCCAAUAGCAGGACUGAUUCGAGAUUUCUCAUGACAUUUUUGUCUCCCUUUAGUAGAGGAGCAUGGCUGAUGGAGGCAGCCGACCUUGUAUUGCCCACCAGCAGAAAGUUCUUUUCCUGGACUCAAGUGUAGGUAAUGGCAGGCUUGGUUCUGCAAGUUCCAUCAUAAAGAUGGUAAUGUGUAAUUCAGCUGCAAGUUUUAAUGAGAUGAGCUUGGCACAUAUUUUAAGAUUAUAUGGCAGAGAAACAUGGCAGGCUGUCAGGGCAGUACUCCAUUCUUCCUUUGGCAGCCUGCUCAUUUGCCUGGAUGAUUUUUGUUGUUGCCAGUGGUGACUAGGUGAGUAGUUAAAAAGCAAGUCUAAAAAUAAGACUAAACGAUAAAACAAUAGGGAACGAAACUUUGUUUGCAACCUUAAAGCCUCUAAAAAAAGCAAAGUGUGUGACCUGAUACUUAAAAUUCAACAAGGCAAACUUCUUCCAGAAGGAAAUUCCACAAGCUAGGUUUUAUUUGAGGACUUUUCCCUUCACUUCUCUACCUUCACAAAAGAGAACAGUGUAAAUUGAACAUGAAUGGUCUAUGAUUUUGCUGAUUUCUCUGACCGUUUCAACUGACAGAUGCAGACUUGAAUUCAGUUAUGUGAAAAUAUAAAUAGAAGAUAUUUCUGGUCAUGGGGUGGGAUGGUGGUGUCCAGCCUACCCAUGUCAUCUUCAGAAGUGACUUUUCACAGCAUAUGGGGCAUUUAGCAGAAGAGAGGAGUAAAGCAGGAAAAACCCACUUAUAUUUCUAGUUGUUUUCGUGGGUCAGAGCCAUAGGCAAAAAAAGGGACCGAUGGUUUAUGAGAAAUGUAACAAAAGCAAAACUGGAGAGAAUAGAUAAAACUGUUAGCAGUCUUUUAGGUCUUGUGGGGGUAGGAGAAUAACUGCUUAUCUUUAUCAAACUGUUUCUACUAUCCUUCUAUUAUAUCUAGUUGGCUUCAUUGUGUGGAUUUUCUGCAGGAAUAAACUUGAUGAGUGUUGCAAAUACCUUAGUUUACAGUGGCUAGGAAAGAAGUCAGAAGGCCACAUAUAAUGGGCUCAUUAGGUGUAGUUAAAGCACUGCUAAUACAUUGACUUUAUGCUUAUUAACUUAAUAGCCUUCACAACAGUCCUGUGAAGCAGGCCAUUGUUCCUGCAAACAUUGUUAAAAAUGUUAAGUGAGGUUGAGUGAGUAGAAAGUGACCUGUUGGAAUCACCUCUACAAUGCAUCAUGGCUGAGCAGAGAUUUGAACCUAGGCAUUUAAAGAUUUCAAUGCAGUACCUGACGUAGUGAACCAAUGCCAAGGACAUGGGUUCAGUUCCCAUAGGGCCACCUCCAUAUUCCAGCAUUGCAGGGGGUUGGAAUAGAACACCUUUGGGAGUCCAUUCCAACUCUAUAAUUUUAUGACAGUAACUGCAGUUACUUCCUUUUAUGCAAAUUUUAAUUGGUUUACAGGAACAAGAAAGCUUCUAGUGUAUUCAGUGAAUAAGCUGCGCUUAAUAUUGGAAGAUUGAAUACAGAAAUUUCUAGUACGCAGCUAAUGAAAUGUUAAACUGUUUGUACAUCACUUUAUAAUUUAUUUUGCGACCUUCUGACUAAAUGUAGUAACUUGAUCUGACCUGCCAUUCCAACAUUGCUCUUUAUAGGUUUUGGUCUAUGUUUAGUACUAUCCCAAACAGUGUUAACAUGGCUUGGUCAAAGGAUCUGUAACUUGAAUUCAGUUAGAGUUGUGAAUGUGGCUGAGGCUGGUCCAUAGCAAUCCUGUCUUGAGUUUACAUUGAGGCAUGGUACUGUACUGGGUAACCCGGGUGGAGUGUAAUGAAAGUGGGUGGAGUGGCAGCUUUAGUCAGCAAACUCCAGACAUGUUAUGUGAAUGCUGGUUUGGUUUUGCUGCAGAAGAAAAACUGCAGCUAUGGAGCGACUCUUUCCUCCACCUGGGUGGAGAUAUGCUCUGUACCCAGGCCUGAUUAUUGUCUCGGGUCACUAAAAAACAGAGGGUAAUAUUGUAGUGAACCUAGUAGUAACAAAUAACUGUCUUGUUAAUGUUUCCCAACUGGGAAAUUGCUGUUUGUUGAAUAUUUCUCUAUUUCUUUGUAAAGUAUAAAUAAAAUGCAGUUAAACUUAAAAUAUAAGCUAUAUUUAAUUAUUGCUAUUUGUUUUAUAGAUACAGUACAGACUUUUAACGACAGUGAGAACAGUCACUUCAUCUACAAGAAUGUUGAAGACAAUAAUAUAAUUAAUGCUCAAACAGCAGAAAUCUCUGGGUACAAUAUUGAAAUGAAGGAAUCUCAUGAUUCUUGGGACUCCCAUAUCGGGAAGAGAGACUCUCCAUCAGAAGUGUCACUUACAAAGGAAUCAUUAGUGACUGGCUUAUAUGAAUGGGAAGAUGAGAAUGAGGAUACCCGAAGAGGAGAAUAUAUGUUGGGUUUUGAUGAUGAACCACUUUCAGAGAUAAAAAACAAGGAUGAAUAUCUGGUUAAAGAAGAUAUGGAAAGUCCAAAGGAAACCAUUAGCGAAGAACUGAUGCAAACUGUUCUCAGGCCAAGUAAUUGUCGGACAUACUGUAGAUCCAACAAAACAAAAUCACAGGGGACAACAAAUUUUGAUAAGCUACUGGAUGGCACUCUUCAACCUUUAGCCAAAGCAAACAGUGAUUCAAAUACUGAUGGUGUGAACCCAGUGAAAAAAGUUGCUUUAAGUAGUGGGACCAGUUUUAGAGGGACUGGAAGGACUAGAGACUACACUGUUCUCCAUCCAUCAUGUUUGUCGGUUUGUAAUGUUACUAUACAGGACACUAUGGAUCGUAUUGAUGAGUAUGCCACAUCUACACCUACUGAUUUGGGAGAAGCAGGACGUCUGAGAAAGAAAGCCGACAUGGCAACAACCAAGACAACAACUAGAUUUCGACCUAGCAAUACCAAAUCCAAAAAAGAUGUCAAAUUAGAAUUCUUUGGGUUUGAUGACAAUGAUGAAGGAGGGGGUGGUGAAGGCGGCUCUAGAACAUCUGGAAGCUCAAAUUACAAAAUUAAAUACUUUGGUUUUGAUGACUUGAGUGAAAGUGAAGAUGACGAUGAAGAGCGGCCGUUAGAAAGAAAAGUCAAUAAAAAAAGAAACCGGGCAGCUCCAUCCUCUUCACUUCAGUCCAGUUCUGAUGGAAGUGAGAACUAUUCACAAGACAGUCAGUCAAGCACUAACCCAGGUAACAUUAGUUUGUUGCUCUUGUUUCACAGUUUAAUAGCUACAAUUUGAUAGUUAAUAAUUUGGUGCAUUAAGCCAAGAGUGGAAAUCUGAAUCUUUCUCUCUCUUUCUUCCCCCCUCCCUCUUUCUGGCCCCCACAUUUUGCAUGUCAGCUUCAGGGCUUCUGACCUGGUUAAUUCAAAGCAGUUUUCUGUUGCAGUUGAAUUGAGAAACUGUGGCUUCAUCUUUGUGUAGUCAACAAGGUCUGAUCUUGUUUCACAGAAAUUCCAGGGAAGUCUCAUCAAAAUAUUAGGAAAUUGAUGUGAUUUUUAUUGUAGUAUGUGUUAGACUGUCUUUGAAAACAACAAAAAAUAAUUGAACUUAGUGAUGGCAUUGUGCCUUUCUGAUAAAAAUCAAGUUACUGAUCUUUAUUUUUGGUAUGGAUUGGUAAAUAUGCAGACUGAAGAUCUGAAUAAUCAAGACCUCUUUCCUUUAUUUACAUAUGCUUUUAAACAUUCAAGGUGUUGAGUUACAUUAAUUUUGAGUGUGUGGAAGUAUAUGAGGUUAUAAAUCUUCAGGUACCCAGACCUAGGAUAGAAAGCUGAUGAAGACCACAUCCUCCAGUAAUUGUUUGAUAACUGUAGUCCUGUGAAAUAAAUGGAAGCAGUUGCUGUAGUUUUAUUCAUUGACUACAGAGUCUCCCAAAACUAAACUGGGCCAUUGAAGUACAACCCAUGAAAUGCUUGAUCAGCAAGGCAGACAAGAUAAACUGGUUAAUCAUUGUAGUGAUGGUCGCUUUAGCCAAAACAAACAUGAAUUAAUCACAGAGUAGAAGAGACUUGAGGAGAGUGACAGAUUAUGAACCAGCUACUUCAAAGAUGACUGUGUUUCCUGUAAACAUUUCAAAAUGAAGUCUUCUGUCUCUUAUUGGUUCUGCAGCAUAGUCUAAAAAUAUCAAGGCUAGAAUGGAUCUCCUCCCAACAGAUAACUCUCAUAUCUUCCUUACUCUGCCAUGUUAAACAUUGCAGCAAUUUGUUGCAUUAAAGACUGCUUGCAUGAUGUUCCUUUGCCAUAGAUAGGUAAUUGGAUUCUGUCAAAGAGAACGUGAACUCUGUUCUUAUUUGGGUAGCUAAAGGAUAAUAUUUGUAAAGUCCUCACUUAUUUGUAUGCUCCUCUUCCGAAAAAGCUGGUCUCAAGUGUCUUCCCCCCAAAAACCAGUCCUGAAAUAUGCACCUCUCUUUUUCUUGGAGGUGGUGGUUCAUGCUUAUAAAGCCAAAAUAUUCCCUCUUCCUUUUCAGUGAAACGCCAUAUAAAAGCAGAUUUUAUUUAUAAAAGAAAAUGAUAUGAGUGCUGUUAUUCUUGGAAGGAAGUAAGAAUUCACACAGUAGUCAACUAGAGGAUUUAAAUAUUCCUGAAAGUGCUUUAAAAUGGUGAACUUGCUAACAGAAUUUUGUGUCUUAAUGGUCAAGUAGGUGGGUUGCUGUUGAGUCUAAUUGAACUGUCAAAUGAGAUGGCCAAAUAUUCUAUGAAGUAUAGUGUUGUGUAAGUGGGAGCCUCCAUUUUCAGAUGUAUUACAAGGUUGCUUGCUAGCAAUGGCAGGAAUGAGGCCCUUUGCUCUCCACUAUUGUAGGUGCCAACCUUUCUUCUUAGGUAGGUGGGGCCUUGCAACUUUCCUCAGAUUGUUCCUUCUCACUGUUCUUCCAUUUAAGCCACAUAGAUUAUAUACAGCCGUACCUUGGAAGUUGAAUGGAAUCCAUUUCAGAAGUCCAUUUGACUUCCAAAAUGUUUGAAAACCAAAUCGUGACCUCUGAUUGGCUGCAGGAAACGCAUGCAGCCAAUCAGAAACCCAGUCAGAUGUUCAGGUUCCAAAAGAACAUUCACAAACCGGAACAAUCACUUCCGGGUUUGCGGCGUUUGGGAGCCAAAAUGUCAGAGUUCCAGGGUGUUUGGGAUCCAAGCUACGACUAAUUUCUUUCAAGCUUCAUGUUCCUGUAGGCAUCUUUCAGCAGGAACCCACAGACCACACAAACAGCCACAGAAUUGCUACAGAAUUUAUUGUAUUUGAUGUGGUGAGCAAUGUCCCCCUUGUGACCUGGGGUGGUGCUCUGUAAAUCUUCUGUAAAAGAAUGGUGGCUUUCAGAAGACUACCAUAUUUGUAACUUGCAACAAAUUCAGUUUUUGUUACUGAUCUAAUUAAUGUGCUUUAAUUUGACCAAUGCACAGCCAGUCAGUUUGACAAACCCAGGAUCGAGGCUGGCAUGACUGACUGCUUGUGUUUGCACAUGAGUAUCAUUUUAACCUCCACCUUCCAAGCAACAGUGCCCUGCACCUGGAAAAGCCCAGUUGCAAGUUCUAGACCCUCCAGAGCAACAUGUAGUAAAAUAUGAAGGGUUACCAUUGAAGGGAUUUUUGCCCAUUUGCACCACCCCCAAAUGCAAGCCUUCUGCUUGGCCCAGAGGAACAGUAUUUUCCCCCUAGAGGUUGUUAAAUGUCAACCCUGUGCUAAACGUUUGAUCCCUAAAUGUUAAGUUAGUUUUCUAGCUAAAGAUUUAAGUUAUUGCAGAUUUAAGUUAAUGCAUGAUUCGAAAAUCUGCCAAAGAAUCUGUGUUGGUGUGGAUGUUAAAAAGGAAUGAUGGAAUUAAAGAGGUGGAUAACUUGGAGAGAAUGCAGUGAAAUGGGAUUCAUUGUUGGUUUGUAUGUGAAAGUGUUGCUUUAAAACCAUGUAACCCUAACCAUGAAUAGAAUAAUGUUUAGUAGGCACAUCAAAAUAGCUGAACACCCAAGAGCCUGGCUCACUUGCACAUGUUCAUGACUGCAGUAUCAAAUAACUACUUCCAUGCUUUUGAAUGGAACUACACAGAUAAAAAGCUCUUCCAGAUUGUCCCCAAUGUAAUAAUAAUUUAUUGAACUGGUUUUAAUACCUGAAAUGGGAGCAAUUAAUUUCACUACGGGAGGUUUUUCAGCAGGCCUCGUGAGUUUAUUUUCUUUCUGUUGUGUGUAGUUUAAUUAUAUGUUGUGCUGUAUGUUCUUGAUGAGUUGAUAACUUUCAGCUUUCAUGUUCAGAUUUCAGAUUUCAUGUUCAUGUGAUUAUUCUUAAGCUAUGCUUUAUUUAACAUAGAAUGUGCAUUUGAAACUCUUAUUCCUUCCACAAUAGAGUGGAACAGGCCCUACCUGUUUUCCUUAAUCCUUUGGGAGGGGGAAAUUUUAUAUAUUCAACUAGAGUUUUCAUCUGAAUUCCACUGUUCCCUUUAUAAAAUGUAUAAUAGCCUCCUGUGAUAUUUAUGUCAAAAGGAGAAGGCUGCUGAGAGACUUUUCCUCCUAAUGUAACACUAAUGUCUCAACAAAUGAAACUGAUCUGUAGAAAAUGUAACUUGAAAAAAGAGACAUUGCACAUACUUUUGUAAACCAAGAAAUCUUUAAUAAAAAUAUGUUUGUUUGUUUGUUUUUAAAAAGGAGUAGGCUGCACAUUUUGUAACAGAUAGCAUACACACAUUUUUGUGAUAAACAAACAAAUGACACUUCCCCUGAUACAAACUUGAAAAAUUACAACUCCUUGUCUUACUCUUAUCCUGGCAGAGCUAUUGGAGUUUCCAGAAGAUGCAUCCAGUGUUCCUGAAAGCAAUAAGAAAUCCAUAAAUCCACAAGGUGAUAAGUCUAAGGAAAACACACGGAAGAUAUUUAGUGGACCAAAGAGGGUAAGUAGUACCAAUGAAAUGAGACUGUCAUGGUUUUAGCAGUACUUUUGCUUAAGAGACAGUCCCAGAGCCUAGUAGUUCAUAAUGCAUGUUUCCAAGAACGAAUGCAUAUAUGGAAAAUAUAAUAGGAUGAAAAACCCAUCUGGAUUUUAUAGCAUGCUAGUAUCGUGCUGGUUGCUCCUCAGGUCCUUUACUUCCUUUAUUUCUCAUAUAUCUUGAUAGAAAACAAUUCACAACAGGUAUCCACCAUUUGUUCACCAGAGGUGAAUGUUACUGGGCUCUCUGUUUGCUGCUUGUUGUCCUGUUCACCAGAUAUCCUUCCUGGGGCUCUCAUUUGAACAUAAGAAGUGCUGUUUUGAAGAGAGACUUUAUUUUUUCUGUACUCCAGCUCAAAUGAGAGAAGAUUGCAUAUCCGUCCCAAAACCUCCCCAGCUCUCUGGAAUAUGGAGAGGCCAUUGAUUGUGGCAAUUGAUUGUGGCAACAAAUAAUGGCUCGCUAAUAAACAGAGUCAAGAGUUGUAGGCCCAUGACUAGUGAACUAAAAUGCAGAUUCCUUUAGGAGAUGAAUAAUGUGAAAUAUUUGUUUAUUCCACACCCCCAUGACUAUGUUAACUGAUAGAAAAUCUUGAAUUUGAGACAAAUAUAUACACCUUCUAAAGCUUAGUUUUGCACAUAAUGUCAUGGUGAUAAGUUCUGUUCUGAUGUUCUUAGAAUUUAAGGGAGUAAAGCACUGUCAUGUCAGUGUUAAUGUUCAAAACUCCCGUGAAAUGUUUUGUGGAAGACAAAACAUGAUGUAAAAUAAAUCUCAUAGAGGAUUUGAAAUCGGUGUUCUUAUAAAUAGCUGGUUAGGUUCUAAAUGAAUAUUCCAACUGUUUUGUUUUGCAGUCACCAACAAAAGCUGUAUACAAUGCUAGACAUUGGAAUCAACCAGAAUCUGAGACUCUUCCGACAUCACAGGUGUUGAAAAAUCCAAGUGUCCCUGUGAGUAAGGGGAUCUUGUUUUCCCUCUGCCAACCCUCCCAGUGCUUAAACACUAAACUUAGAGAUGAUUCAUCUACACCAGGAGAAGUAGCCUGAGAAAUGGCUUAAAAUUAUAGUAGUAUACAUCAAGGUAGUGUUGCAGACACUGCUGGAUAUUAAGGUUAAAAAAAACCUAGCAUAUUCCAUGGUUGUGUCAUGCCUUUAGUAUGACAAUGGUUAUGAAUUUAACCAGGAAUAGUAAUGAUAUUUUAACUACCUGUUCUUAGAUUGCAAAGAAUAUGUUGUCCAUUGACAUUAGUUUCUUACAUUUAGGCUACUCUUUUGUACGUGGCUAUGCAGGUUGAAUCCAAACUCAUUACUGCAUGUUUAUACUUCUUAGCAUAUGGGAUGGUUUAUGUAAUUUAAAAUGAAAUACAAAUUGCUUCAACAAGUUACUUUUUGUGGCAGCUAGUUGUAAAUGUUUGCAUCUAUUACUUUAUAAUGCACUUAGAAAUGUUAUUGGUCCUCAGUCCACACAAUUGUAAAACGGGGUUUUUAUUGGUCAAAGACAUCUCCAAAUCAUAUAAAUAACUGGAGUUGAUAACUGUGUGCAGAAAGUGUUUCCAUUACACAGCCAAGAAUGAAAGUACAAAAUGAUUUUGUUGGGGGAAUAAUAUUUUGAAUGAUUCUAUGGCUCAGCAUGAGUGUGGUUUCAGGGACCAUAGAAGAAGGAACAGUUAACAGCUGCCAUGGUGUUUUUAAAAUAUUUUUGGGUUCGUGUAUGUCUCCUUAGUUUUUUAAAGCUUAAAUGUGGUUCUAUUAGUCUGGAUUCUUAAAGUAAAUGGUAAGGAUGUCACUAUACUGUACUUCCAUUUCAGUUUCCCCUGGAGGCCCUUAAAACAAAUACCCUACGACAUCUGAAUUGUCAUCAUCUUGCACAUACAGCAUGUGUUCACUUAUUUAAUUUGCACUUUUGAAGUCUCUGAAAAUCCCAGUGGGUGAAUGCAACAAAUGCACAUAAUUUUCUGUUACCUAUUUAGUGUUCAUAUAAGGCUUAAACACCUACCCAUUUAAGUACUUUUCAUUAAUAGGUAAGGCUGUCUUCAAAGGAGGCAAUUCAUAAAGAUGAUGGAGUGUUCAAAGCUCCUGCACCACCUCCCAAAGUGAUAAAAACUGUGACCAUACCCACUCAGCCCUAUCAAGAGAUAGUAACUGCCUUGAAAUGUAGGAAAGAAGAUAAAGAAGUAAGUGGAAUAUCUAAAACUUUCUUGUUUCGAAAGUAAACUGGUGAAUUUUUUUUUUACCAUUUAUGAUCUAAAGAACAAUUGGCCAGGUGGAGAAACCUCCCUAUUAAAAAUAGAUAACUUAUCACUCUGAGCUGGCUGAUGAUUUCUGUUGCUGCCAGAUAAAGUAGUCUUUUAAAUGGGAGCUCUAAAACUAAAAACAAGUUUUAUACAUCUGCCUUCCAGUUAUACACUGUUGUUCAACAUGUGAAGCACUUCAAUGAUGUAGUCGAAUUUGGAGAGAAUCAAGAGUUCACCGAUGAUAUUGAAUACUUGUUAAGUGGACUGAAGUGCAAUCAGCCCCUAAACACACGUUGCCUUAGGUAAGAUAUUUCUAAUAAUGGCAUUUCCACAUUUUCUUGUUAGGUGUAUUGUGUUCAUAAGCAUUGUAGACUAUUGCACCAUUGGGAAGUGAAAGCAGAAAUGUGUCAAAUGAGUAGAUAUCCCACUUGCUAAUAAUAUACACGUAGCAAUUUGGUUUCCUUCAGGAACGUCCUAUGGAGAACCCAUGUACUGGUGCAGUUGUGUAAAAAGUAUUGCUAGUAAAUUGGGCUGAUGUUGAAUGGAAGUCAAAUCUGUAUAGCUUAAGUCAUACUUGUUAAAAAAGAGAGCUAUUUGUUCUCUGUGUUCUCAAGAGAAUAUAGUAGCCAGAUUUUGACCUGACAAUGCAUUCACAGUAAAUAGGUAAAUGAAAUAAUUCCUACUAUUGUUCUGAAGUUGCAUGGUGUGAUUUUUAUUCCCCGUAUGGUUAAUAAGGAAUGUCUCAUACUGUUUAAAGAAAGCAUUGAAUAGUUACUUGGGUAAACACACUGGUGAAAGGAUGUUAUUACUUGUUAUUACCUAGUUCACUUUUUCUUUCUGAGUAGUUACCGCAGAAGUAUUUUGUUGAUGCAUUUUUCAACCCCUCUUUCAUCUCCAGGGAGUGCUCAAGGGAACUUGCUGUAGUUUAAAAUAAAACUAAAAAAUGACACUAAACUUACACAAAUGCAACAGAAAAACACAAGAUCAGAGCCAUAGUUGGAUUACAUUUUAGGGUGGGUCAAACGUCCAGACGGUCACAUAGAUUAGAUUAAUAAUUCAUCAGUUGCUUUUAAUAGGUUAAUAAUUAAUCAAUUGCAUAUGUAGCCAGUCAGUCUCACCCUUCUUUCCAUGAAGAAAUCUUGUUUCAAACUGGUGUUGUCUGCUACAGCAGAGCGAGACUGCUGAUGACAGGCACCCCUUCUCCAGCCUUAACCAUUAUUGCUAGCAUGUUGAUCCAGAUACAGUAAAUUCACCAGACAGCUGGCACCGAAACAGCUGGAAAGAGAAAGAGCUUGUGUCAUCAGAAUACCACUAUCAAAGAACAUAAUGGUAGCACUGCGUAAGGUUGUACAUGUAUGCAUACCUGAUUGUUUCAUGUAGCUUGAUCUUUCUGAGGUAGUACGGGGUAAAUAGAAAACGAAUAGGAGAUCUCUAAAUGUUUGUGACUGUGUGCAGGCAUCUUGAUUGGAGAUCUUCAGUCACUGAAGCUCUUCAGUCUGUAAACUAAGCAUUGAUCAAUCCUCUUUGCUGGACUGCCCUUAACUAAGAGACCAGACUACAAGUGAUUGACAGGAGCUGUGAUGGUGGCAGCUCUCUUGCUGGUUUGUGGCUUAGCCAGCUGAUUGUAAACAUCGACAACUUCCUGACUUCAACUGCUUCCUGCUGCAUCACACAACAUAGUAGUAGCCAUAGAAGGGAGAUGGGGAAGGGGAAUCAGUGGAGCCCUGGGGGGGUUUCUUCCUCACUACAUACACUUGCUAGGCACACUAUGUCCACAGAGGAGCACCUUGAGUCAAAUUGCUCACUGCUUCUGAUUUUGCCAUAGGCCUGCUGCACUGGGAGUAGGAAAUAUGUCUGACUGUCAGGCUAUUUGUGCUACAGGCCUGCACUUUUGGGUAGUACCCCAUCGGCAAAGUUUCCUCCACGCUCUUUGGGUUUGCUUGACACGAAGCCAUUGUCCUGUGAUGUGCACCUUGUCAUUUGAUUUGAUUAUGUUCCAUUGUGACUGUAGGGCUUUGCGGGCAGGCAACCUGGGCUCUCCAUUGGUUGUUGAAUUCUUUAAAAUUCUGCGCUAGAGACUUGGAGAAACUUUAGUUCAUAAGUUUUUUUUGUUUUGUUUUUAGUGUUAUCAGCCUGGCGACAAAGUGCGCCAUGCCCAGUUUCCGAAUGCAUUUGAGAGCACAUGGAAUGGUAGCUAUGGUCUUCAAAACACUGGAUGACUCACAGCAUCACCACGUAUGUAGAGUUGUGGUUGCAGAUAUGAAAUGGCACAUCCAUCACUUAAAUACUCAUACUGGUUUUAAUUGUGUUUUUAUUUCGUCUGUUGUGUAUUAUUUUAUUGCAGUUUAAAUUCUUUGGAAUGCACUGAAAUAUAAUCUCUAAGAAAUGAAAGAAGCGAAAGAAAUACUGUUUAAAAAUAAUGCAGCAUCUAGUACUGUGCAGAAAAAUCAUUAAGUUUGUCUGCCAAGACCCUCAGCAAUUUUUAAGUAGUCCUUGGGGAAAAGUUGGAGAACCACUAAACUGAGAGUUCAAAAAGCUUUUGCUUGGACAUAGCCUUGCCCCUGACGUGCAUAAUGAAAGUCUGUGGGCUAACUGUAACUCCUUGGAUCUUACAUUCAUGUUUAAAUCUUACUGGAUUUCUGCAUCUUAACCAAAUAUUUACCACUUUGUUUUCCUGUUUUUCCUUUCCAUUGAAGAAUUUAUCACUUUGUACAGCAGCUUUAAUGUAUAUCUUGAGCAGAGAUCGCUUGAACAUGGAUCUAGAUAGAGCCAGCUUAGAUUUAAUGAUUCGGCUUCUGGAACUAGAACAAGACUCUUCUUCAUCCAAGUUGCUCAAUGAAAAAGACAUGAACAAGAUUAAGGAAAAAAUCCGAAGACUCUGUGAAACCGUUCACAACAAACACCUUGAUCUAGAAAAUAUAACGGUAGGUUGUGUGACUGUUAACCUAAUUUUUCUCUAAUGUGAAAAUGGUACAGGUGUUAUUGCUGUUUUUGUGGGUAGAAACUAGUUAACUUUUAAAAGAUGCUUUUAGAACAGUAGAGUGUAGGAAAACCCUGGCACUUCUGAAAUAACAGCAGUGAUCCCUGCAGGUAUUACUUAGUGUAGUCAUGGCUUCUUUCUCUCACAUCUUCUAAAAAUUUUAACUAGGGCAGAUGAAGAGUGUUGAACUCUUGAAAGAUAAAACCCAAACACUUUUAAGUAUUUAACAGUGCAGUUUUCAUCUCACGGUUUUUUCUUCUUCAUGGUAAUAGGCAGACAGUAUAGAACAAAUAGAAUUGAAUUUGAAUGAAUUUUCUGAAUAAUAUUUCACUUGAAAGAGUGGGAGCUGAAAACAGUUAUUUUUGUGAUUCUGUGUAUAUAAAAAUGUCCACUUUUACUAGGGCUAAAUGUGCUAUCUGGUAUGAAAUCUUUACAUGCUACUAGUAUAAGAGGUUGCAGUGUGGAGUUUUCCUGUUUGGGCCCCCAUUCCUUUUCCAGGAUUCCUUUUUCCUCCCCCCACAAAAAUACAACAGCAGCCAGACAACUCUGAAUUCUGUGGCUGUUGAGCAGGAGAAGUUAUCAAUUGGACUGUGUUGGGGGAUUUUCCCCACCUUAAGGUUUUCUUCCUAAAACAUUUUUGUAUUUCUGCAAACUUUGCCUGUUUGAGUGAGACCCAGUCAGCAUCUGACACCUGUGCUCUGAGACCUGCACUGCUUGCCAGUUUGCUACUGAGCCAAAUUCAGUGUGUUGCUAUUAGUACAUAAAGCCCUUUACAACUUGGAACCAGUUUACCUGCAAGAUCGCCUCACCCCAUAUAUCCCUACUUGACCACUUCAGUCUGUGGAACAGGCACCGUUACAGCUGCAGCAUAGAACCCCUUUUAAUGUGGCAGCUGUUGUACUUUGGAACUCCCUUGCCUAUUGAUAUUGGACAGGCACAUUUACUGUACAGUAAGCCUGCAACCUACAUGCAUUUAACUUGUGUCCAUUCAGGUUUAUGCAUGAGGCAAAAAAAAAAAAAGGAUGGUGGGGGGACGGUUCUAGGGGAAAUGGCUGGCAAUCCCACCCAUCAUUGAACCCAAUGUGUUUGGACUAUACAUAGUUUUGGCUUUAGGUGUAAUCCCUGGAACAUAAUCCCUAUGUAAAUUGCAGGCUUACUGUACUUUUUCUGGUGCCUGAUAACACAUUUUUGUUUAGGCAAGCCUACUCAGACAUGUAGAAUGUUGAUAUGUGUUUUAGUCUAUGUUUAGUUUAUCUCGGGUUUUUAUUCUUUAAAUGUUUUAAUUAGCUGUUUAUAACCUUUUUAUGGAUUAUUUAAAAUGUUUUAUUCUUUUUGUUAACAACUUGGCAAAUAGAGGGAUUGAUGCCUACACAAUCUUCUCACUUAGGGACUAUAUUUGUCACCUGUCUAAAGCCAUCCAUUUCUUACGUCAGAAGUUCCUCAUGCGGCUUUUGAUGCCAUUUUGUUUGAGAUGCGUAAAGCUACACUAAAAUUAUCAGUUUUAUACUGCCCACUUACAUUUUGAGACUUGCCCCCAAUCUGCAGUACAGUGAUUCAUUGGCUCAAUCAUUGUAUGACUAGGUAAAGAAAUACAAUGGUGCAAUUUGAUUUUGCAUAUGAAUUCAUUUAUUUUGCGAGUAGCAAAAGAGUUGGAAGGGAGUAAGACAUGGUGAUAGUGCAGCAACAUUUUGCUAAGAUACAGUAAUAAUCUAUAAACGCACGGAGCAGUAAAAUAUUUUGGUGGUUAAUUAACCUGCAUUUUCAAACUUAUAAUACAUAAUCAUGUAAUCGAGAUUCAAGUGACAGUAUUAAUGGAAGAAGUACCUGAUAGAGUUCUGCUUUUAAUUUAUAAAGCAUUUUUCUCUGUGUGUUUUCUAGACAGGGCAUUUGGCAAUGGAAACAUUGCUCUCUCUCACUUCAAAACGGGCAGGAGACUGGUUUAAAGAAGAGUUGCGACUUCUUGGUGGUCUUGAUCACAUUGUAGAUAAAGGUAUGCACAUAGCUCGAGUGAGAAUUAAAGUAUAUAUCUUUUAUUAUUAGGAGGUAGUUUAUAUAUUACUCGUGUGGUAGAAUGAAAGGACUGUGCAUUAGAAUGCAUGCAAAUAGUGAAAUUUUCUGAUGCGCUGGAUAGACGAGCCCAUGGAAUGCUAUGAAUUUCCAAAACCCUUUUCUUGUAGUGUGUGUACUUAAGCUUAGCUAUUGCAGUAGUAAAAUAAUAUAUACAACUGUAGUGAUAUGACCUUAGUUUCAACUUUUGGCCAAUAAAAAGGUAUACUCAACAAGAUCAUGAAAGAACUGUCCCCAGUAGAGAACAAAGAAAUAAAAUUCCUAAGUUGCCCUAUUAAUUUAUCCCAUCAGUAACUUAAAUAGAGAUCUUAAUCAUAGUUAAUUCUGUGAGAGGCCCCCCCCCCCCACACCAUUGCAGCAGAGGCCUGUUGGUACUCCUUACUGAAUGAGCCUAGUAGUUGUGAAGUGCUCAGUUCCCUAGUUAAAUUUUAACAUUGCAAGCCAUCCCAAUGAUGACCUCGGGAAUAAGAGUUUGUCUCGAUAAUGCGUAUCUUUUGGAGCAAAGAAACGGUUUGUGGCCAGAGCUACACAUGGAUGGGAAGGGAUCAGCUGUCCUCAUUGAAGUGAAUCUUAUUUUACAAGAAGCAACAGCCUACGUAGCUCCCACUUUUCCCUGUCAGAGGUUAUAUGGAAAGUUCUGGCUAUGAGUAUCAGCUGCCACAGGAUUGAAACCUUGUAUCUGAAGUUGUGGGUAUCACUUGAUCCCCACUGACCUGAGGCACACCUGUGCUGGGAAGUUGUAGUGGACUUUUCCUGGACAGGGUACAGACUGGAUUCUCUUGACAUCCAUGACAGUCAUGUCACUGUGUGUUUUGCUACUUGACUUUCAUGCACAUCUGACAUGGGGGCUGUUGGGCAAGCGUCAUGAUCACUUGGUGUUAAUAGAGUUACAAGACUUGUGGUGUGGUUUUGCCAAAUCCUUGAGACAGUCAGGAUUGUAUCUUAAAAUCUUUUAAAUGAUAGCAAAUGGUUAUCUGUAUUCUGUGUACAUUUUACAAUUUGAUAGCUUAGGCUACCCAGCAUAUAACUCUGUGGUUGCGUUCACAUGUAACACUAAACCACUUAGUGUUGUUGGUUUUUUUGUUUUGUUUUUUUACAGCUAAACAGUAUAUGUAUCACACUAGAUAAACCAACUAGUCAUGGUUUGGUGCUAUGCAGAUUAGCCUGAACAUGCCCAAGCAAAGGGUUGGCUUUCAUGUUCCCCACCUCCCCUCUUCCUUCCCUCUUACUGCCAUAUGGAGGACUUCAGCACAGUUUAAUUUCAAUUUUACAGAAUCCUGGCUUAACAUUAACUUCACUUUCAGACCAGGGGUCCUGGUUUAAAACAUCCGUAGGUAAAUUUCAUAACAAGGCAACGAAUAAGUUAUGAAAUCUUUUUUAAACCACAACCCCUGGUUUAAAAGUGAAGUUAAUUCUGGAUUUUGAAUGAGUGAAGCUAAAGUCUUCUGAUGCCCUCUUCCUGACUUGGUAGGAGAAGGUGGAAUUUCUUGGGUUUGUACAGGCCCAUUCACUUAGGGCUAAACUCUGCUUUAGCAUGAAGUGUGAAUAUGGUCAUAUAUGUGCACGACCUACAUGUAUUUUUAAAUUGGCCUCUUUGUGUUUUGUGUGUGUGACACAAGUUGGCUUAAAGUAUACUGAUAAAACAUAAUUGGAAUAUUAGGGUAUUUCAUCAUAUACAUGCAAUUUUGAAAGUAAAAAUUACUUCCUUUAACAGUUUAGUAAUAACAUAAACUCUUUGUUUCUUAGUUAAAGAAUGUGUGGAUCACUUAAGCAGCGAUGAAAAUGAAGAGAAAUUGGUUGCUUCAUUAUGGGGAGCAGAACGAUGUUUACGGGUUUUAGAAAGCGUAAGUAUUUAACUUUGUAAAGAGUGAUUUAUUUUUAAUGGUCCAGAACCAGGGAUGAGGAAAGUAAGACCCAUGGGUUCUGUCCAUAUAGCUUCUUACUAUUUAUGUGCCGUUUGUGUUCAUUAGCUACUACACUGCUUUGGGUUAGCCCUGGGUUAAGCUUGAUGGGCCAUAUUCAAAUUGGGCAUUCUGAAUCUAAUUAUAAAAAACUAGCCCACUUCAGCAAAUGUCUAACUGUUAGCGCUUUCCUAAAUGGUAUUGAGGUGAAAGAUGUUGCUGACAAGGUGUGUGUGUGUGUGUGUGAGAGUGUGAGAGAGAGAGAGAGAGAGAGAGAGAGAGAGGGUGGGGAGAAUUUCUUUGUUCCCUUUUUCUAUUUUGUUUUUUGGUUUCUUGGGGGAGAGAAAUGGAGACCUGCAGCCACAUUGGAGGGGAGCUUGUAUGUACCUGUUUGUGUGUGUAGACUAGCACACAUGUAUAUUUGACAGUAUUGAUGUUUGUGAACACAAGGUUUUCAGGGUUUCCCAAAUUUGGGACACCGGCUGUUUUUGCACUACAGUUCCCAUCAUCCCUGACCACUAGUCCCACUAGCUAGGGAUUACAGGAGUUGUGGUUCAGAUACAGCUGGAGACCCAAUUUUGAGAAACCCUGGUCCAUUUGUAUAUUAGCAUGUCUGUAUGUGUAUUAUCAUGAGAGAUAUUAUGCGUUCACUUCCUGUUAAUGGUGGGACGGUGACUCUAGAAUUCCUUACCAAGCCCAAAGUAAAAAUGUGGCACUGGCCCUAUAUGUUAAUAAGGCUCUUAGCUAACAGUAUACUAUUUGUAACACCUCCGCCUGCCCAGUCAGCUCUAAGUGGGGGUAGUGUUGAAAUGGCCAGGCUUGGAGAAGUUAAACUGGCUGAGGGUUUGGUUAGUUGGCCUUGUAGGCUUCCCUGAGUUUGUUCUGUUUGGCUUGAGGACUCCCUAGCUCUUUGCUUUAGGCUGGAGAUCUCCCAGCUCAAGCCUAUUCCUUUAGCCCAGGCUGUUAGGCGACAUCAAGUGUUCUAGAAAAUCCAGGUUUCUAGAAAUUAAGUUAAUGGUGCUUGCUUAGCACAAAGCAGAAUGUUAAAUUGCAGCAUUCUAGAAGCUUGAGAGAUCUGUUAAAAGCAUAGAGUUCUUUCAGAAGGUGAAAGGAGCUUAACCCGCACAUCAAAAGAUGAUAGCUGUAUGAUAUUUUCUUUUCUUUUUUAGGUAACAGUUCAUAAUCCAGAAAAUCAGAGUUACUUGAUAGCAUAUAAGGAUUCGCAGCUCAUUGUCUCUUCAGCUAAGUAAGUUCUAAUGAAUGCUUUAUAAAAUACAGUAUGGUAUACUUCUUUAAAGGUUUAUGUUGUUAGGUUAUGUAUUAACACUGCAAUCUUGGUGAUAGCUUUCCUCAGCAUGUGUGUGUGUGUUGCAGCUUAGUAUUUUCAAAUGAGGGGGAAAGCGAGUUAGAUUGUUUCCUGCUUCCGCUUACUGAUAUGCUUUUUUCUACCUGCUCGAAGUAACUUCUGUUGCUAAUUAUGUUUUGUAUGAUAAAGUUUUGCAAUCAAAAUCACUUUUGAUUGUGAAAUGUUCCCAUAUAAACAUUAUACACUCACGUCACAUUAUCUUUAUACGUGCUUCUCAAUUUGGGGGAACUUCUUUUUCUUUCAACAACUUCCCCAUGGAACUCACAGGAUUGGGGGAGUGAUGUAAGUACUGCUUUCAGAAAUUCUAGUCAGCACUCAAGCGGAGUAAAAAUAUUGACAGGAAGAUUUAUAUGUAGUUUAUGGGUUCCAGAGAGGGAAAUUUGUUGACAUAAACCCUGUAUACAUUUACUUACAUUUGAAUCAUAGCAAUUAAAGAGAAUUACAUGGCCAUAUACAGUGAUGCAUGUUUUCUGUGCAAGCCUCUAGAGUGUAUAGUAUGGGGGAGAAGCUUAAUCUGUUGCCAGAAUUGAAUGAAGACACAAACCUGGAAUUAGCAUUGUGUCUACAAGAGUUAGCUUUACAUGGCUUCAUCUCACCAUCAAAAUAUGUCACGAAUGUUAAAAAUUCUUAUUGCAAGUUUGUUUGUUUGUUUAAUAAACUGCCCUAUACCUGGAGGUCUCAGGGCGGUUUACAGAAAAGAAAAGUUUAUGGAUUAUGCCGAAAUGGCAAAAAUGACCGGAAGAAUCAGAAAUCAGGAAGACUCAAAUUUUAAUAAGGAUUGGGGGAAAUUUAUAAUUUAUCUUAAAAACCACUGUAAACAGCUAAAAUUGUUAGUAGGCUUAGAAUAACAUUUGUAGUUGAAUGGUGAAUUUUGGACAUAAUGGAGAUGUAAAAGAUCUGGAUUAUUAUAAAAGAUGCAGGAGGAAAUGACUAACAAUAGGACCCACAAAGGGGAGGAGGGAAGCCGAGGAGAUUCUCUGGAAUCUUGUUUUUAUGUUGUAUGUUGGAUAUGUGAUUGUAAAACUUUAAUCUGAAAAACCAAAUAUUUUUUUAAAAAAUAAUCUUACUGCAGACAUUUGGUGUUAAGUGCAAACAGUCCUGUUCACAUUUAGCUUUAUGACCAGACAACUAGUGCACAUCAAAGGGGGCCAAGUGACUUAACAUACCAGUUAUGUUUCUGCUUUUUCAACGCCUUACUUCAAUACUUGCUGGGUCCAAAGUGCUUUGUGCUGCUAAUAUGUUGCAGAUUCCUAUGUGAAGAAUCUGGGACUAGAUCAUUAUGAAGUGCACCUUUGGACCUUUUUUCCUAAUAAAAAAGUACAAGAGAUGAUGCUUUCUAAUAUAAUUUUGGGGACUGUGUUGCUAGUUACCAUUAAAACCAGCAUGAUAAAUGAAAACUAAGCUUGCUGUUUACAGCUGGAACUGGGUUUUUUAUGUGAAGAAAUUUUGUCCCACUGAUAUGAAAAUGGUUUGCGUUGUAUAUUUUGACUCCUGUUUUUGUAACCUUCAGAGCACUGCAGCAUUGCGAGGAGUUGAUCCAGAGAUACAACCGUGCAGAAGACACCAUCUGUCUUCCAGACAGUAGGGUACUGCCGCACCAGAAUGUAACAAACCAUGUGGGUAAGGCAGUGGAAGACUGUAUGAGAGCCAUCAUUGGUGUCUUACUCAAUUUAGCAAAUGAUAAUGGUAAGUUACUAAUCCUGAAACAUAAAAUCAGAUUAUCAUCUGUCCUGUCAGAUUGUUUCCCAUGACGUCUAGAGAAAAGUAUUCCUGUAUUUAUGCUUAGGCCAGGUGGCUGGUUAAUCAGGUGGACAGUAAGAGGUGUAAUAAUGUCCUUCCAGCUCCCGCAAAACAAUGCUGCAAAUGUGAAAUAUGUAUGCAACUAUCAUUUGAGUAGAGUUAGUGUCAGUACUGCAAAUCUUGGUUUUCAGUUUACAAAAUUGAGGGGUGUGUGUGAGUGCAUGGAUGCCAAAUUGGAACAGUGGAAAACAAACUGUCUCUCAUAAAGCAGCCUGAAUUUUUCGACUGACCUUGCAUAUGUCACUUAGGCAUGAGUUGGGAAGCAAAAAUGGCAAAAAUACUCUUUUGGCUUCUGUUUUGUUACAUUUGAGAUGACUUUUGUGAUUAGUCUGUUCAGUUAUUUCACCUACUAUGACACCAGAGAGUCAUGAUGGGUUAAUGCAAUAUUCCCAUCUACGUUGGGCUUAGAUGGUUUACGUUCUGGUUCAGUUACCGGGUGUAAAAGGUGAGAUUCAGUCUCCUCCAUUGCAGACUGGUGUGUCGGUCUGGGAGAGGUGUAAACUUGAUCAGAGAUUUGUUUGUGGGACCAAAUCCUUAAUCUGAAAUUCGAUCAUGGCCAGGUGUUAUUGCCAGUUGCUACUUUUAAGUGGUGUAAAUGCACGUUUGAAAUGCCUGUGGUUUUUUAAAUGUCUAAUGAGCAUUUAUAUCCUUUAACGUUUGCAGAGUGGGGUAGCACUAAAACAGGUGAACAAGAUGGUCUUAUUGGCACAGCGCUGAAUUGUGUGCUUCAGGUUCCAAAGUUUCUACCUCAAGAACAGAGAUUUGAUAUUCGGGUUCUGGUAAGAAAAACUGUUUAAAAAAUGCUUCUAGAAAAUGUAAGGCUACAUGUUAAAAAUUACUUGUGCUAACUUCAGUACAUCACAUUUAACAUGACACCCAUGAAAACUGUUUGAAAAUUUCCACUGGUUCAUAACAUGAUAGCCUUACCGUUAAGUGAUUAUAUCAUUUCUCUGCUGAAAGAGUUGUAAUUCCCAACACAUUUCUGAGUAUAAGCCUAUCAGUACAACAAGCACCAGUCAAACAGCAUCAUAAAACAUAAAAAACCAAGUGAACAGCAGUAGAAUGAAAGCCACAAUAGGUUCAGGUAAAACAUACCUGCCAUUGGGAAAAAGUAAUAAAAAAAUAAAAAAUAAAUCUUAUUAGAGCAUGCCAAAAUGGGUGGAUACACAGACACUGACUGGCAGAUUAUUUCAUGGUUUAGGCAACACAACUGAUCUUUGCACUGGUGGCUGUUUCCGAAGGACAAGUCUUUGGCAGAGAUCAAAGUGAAUUUGGCAAAACAUUUGUAGGAAUUACAGAUCUCAAGUGGUUCUGUAUGACUUCUAGAAUGAAAUUAAUUCCUCUUUACUUCUGGAGGAGACAAGCAUAUGGGAGAAGGCUUUACAUGAGGGGGGGGACCCAAACACACACCCUCAUUUCAUCUUUAAAAGCACACAUUCGCAAGACCUUUAAGACAGACAUUUUCAAGAUAAGGUAAUGUUGGCUGGUGUAAAUGGACAAGUAUAUUUUGUAGGGUUGUUGAAGGUGUAAUUGCCAAGAUUUCAUGAGGCUUGCCACUUCUUGAAUUUGCGAAAAUUGGCCAUACUUCUGAGCACCCUGAGAGUGUGCAAAGUACAGUUCUUUGUACUCUACUAUCUAAUAUUUUCUUCCUUUCUUGCAGGGUUUGGGUCUGCUAAUCAAUUUGGUAGAGUACAGUGCACGAAAUCGGCACUGUCUUGUGAAUAUGGAAACAACAUGUUCCUUUGAUUCCUUCUGCUUGGGAGAAGCCAAUGAUAGCAUAAGCACAUCUGGACGGAUGGCUGCUGUUCAUGCUUUAGUUCAGGUAAAUCAUAGUUUUUACUUAAAAGAACAACCAUUUAUGCAGUGUGAGAAACAGUUAUCUCCAGAGGAAAGAAGCAGUGUUGGUCUAAUGUUCAAAUGUUGAACUAUUUGUCAUGCCCAUCCCUUUUAAACUAACAGAGACGAUAGGCCAGAGGAGGCCCUGAGUCACUUAUUUGUCCCAACAUAUUUUGAGCCAUACAUCUCUUUAUAGGCCAUUGAUUUAAUCCAUGCAAGGGAUAAUUGAAGCCGUCUUGUGUACUAUCUUAGUGGAAAACCAAAUGUUACUGGGAGCCCUACAAAGAGCAUCCUUGUGAUGGCCAUCAACUGGUUCUUCUCAGCAACUUGUAUUUUACCUGUGAACAAGGUGUUCCCCUUAGUUGUUGUUGCCAAUAAUAAUUGAUUAAUUUGCGGAGGAUCAAAUUUUGUAGAGUUUUGAGUCAAACAUAGUUGUGAACAUUUGGCUUGUCUCUUUAAUUAUUUCUUCAUUAGAUAAGAGAUUAUAUUUGUUCUUCACUUGCAUUACAUUUUUCACUGGGCAUUACAUGCAGCAUGAAUUGGAAACUCAUAUAUUAAUCUCCUGCUGAAUAAGGUAUAUUCUCUGUCUCAGUUGUGUUUGGCUGUUCUUGCCAUAGGCAUUAGGACUUAGUUUAUUAUUAUGCUGCACACCAACUGUUGGUGUACUAUGCUGUAAUCCCUCAGUUCCUUUACGAAAUAUUAUUAUUGGCAUUUUUAUCCUGCUGCUCAGCCAAAAAAAGCUGACAAAUACCAUUGAGGAGGCAGAUGCUGAUCUCGGGCUUAGAAUCAGAAAGGAAAAGGCACUGAGAGAAAGUAGGUGGGGGGGGACUCAGGCACUUACAGUGGUACCUCGCAAGACGAAAAACUCGCAAGACGAAAGAGUUUUUGGUUUUUUGAGUUGCUUCGCGAGACGAAUUUCCUAUGGGCUUGCUUCGCAAGACGGAAACGUCUUGCAAGUUUGUUUCCUUUUUCUUAAAACCGUUACAGUAAUACAGGGUGCAUUGCUUGAAGAGGUGCAGUUGCGACUUGACUUCGAGGAGCAACUCAUAGCACGUGGUGUGGUAGCCUUUUUUGAGGUUUUUGAAGAUUUUUUUGAAAAAAUGGAAACCGUGCUUCGCAAGACGAAAAAACUCGUAAGACGAAAAAACUCGCAGAACGAAUUAAUUUCGUCUUGCGAGGCACCACUGUAUUCUUACUUACAGAGAUCUUGUAGUGAACUGUAGCAAUGGGGGGGAAACCAGGAGAGCCAAUGGAGAGCUCCUGUAGUCCCAUCUCUCUUGCAGCCUGAUGGAAUGUCUGCUGAUGACAGUUGGUGGAGGAGCCUGAUGGCAUGUAGUCUUUUAGCAGAGCUGUUAGAGAGUACCUUCUCUGCUUCUCCUAUAGCCUGAGAUGGGAUGCCUAUGCACAGUGUUAGAAACGGAGAUAUGAAAGCUAGGAGCUAAAUGGCACCUUAAACCUAGGUUAUGGGCGCCGCAACGGAGUGUCUAGGCGUGCUUUUUUAUAGCAAGAAUACAAAGCUGAAAAUGAAUGAACUGCAGCUAAAAUCUUAUGCUCAUUUUCCACAUAAUCUAGUCCUCAUCUGAAGACUGCAAAAAACAAAGCCAUACUUCCCCUGCCCACCCCGCUAAUAUUCUUGAGAGUGCCCCUUCUCCAAUCUUCAGAGAGUAGCUGGAAGUGGGGAGGCAGAAAAAGGUCCUCCUUUCCUUCCAGCGGUGGCUGUUUUAAUCUGAAUUCUUCGGCGCAGUACUGCACCCAGAGCUCAGAAGCUGCUCUCAUUAAUGAAAUUCCCUGUCGCAAAGCGCACCUAGAACAAUGGGAGUUUCGAACGCUGCCUAGGGAUGACAGGAUGAAACAUUCAGUACAAAAGCGAAUGCUAAUUUAAGCAAGGGAAGGCACACAGAUGAGAUGCUCCCUGCUGCCAGUUAAGUCGCAUGUAGCAUUUGGGUUCAUGACUCAUCAUCUGUGGAAUUUUCCCUCUCAGUUGUUCCUUGAGCGUGAGCGAGCAGCGCAGCUGGCAGAGAGCCAGACGGAUGAACUGAUUAAGGAAGCUCCUGCUGCACAACAUGACAAGAGUGGGGAGUGGCAGGAGACGAGCGGAGAGAUCCAGUGGGUUACUACAGAAAAGCCUGAGAACGCAGAGGAGAAAGAUAAGAAAGAAGAAGAUGAAGAAGAACUUGAUCUUAAUAAAGGUAGGUCCAGGUUCCUGGGGAAGUCAGCAAAGGAAAGAAGUGCUAAAUUAAAAAAUGUCAGAGCUGCAGUUUUAGAAUCCUCUUUCUCCUCCCCCCCUUUUUAAAAGCGUUUAUUAAUUUUCCAAUAAAAACAUACAAUUAACAUAUCAAAUCAGAUCCAAUAAAAAUAAAAAACUAAAAUAAAAAAGGUCCAAUUGUCUUCCAAAUUGUAAUAAUUUUGUUUUGACUUCCCAUGGUCUGAAUUUCGAAGCACAUUCAACAUCAUAGUCCUGCCUCUCAUCAUCCUCAAUGUUAUUCAUAAUUCCAUGUCCGAUUUUUCCCUUCCACAUUUUGACUCUGGUUCUACGAUCCUCAUUCAUGUCAGAAAACCGAUACUUUUUUUUUCUAUGGAGUGCAGAUUUGUCCAUAUAUUGUACUCCUUCAGCUGUUUUUUCAUCGCACCGCUUCAUUUAAUUGCAUCCAAUUUCAAAGUUUCUUUCCCUUUUAAAGCAACUGGGACUCUUGUCCUAGUUAAUCUCUUCCCAAAAAUGCAGUGGUAUUAAGGAUCAAAAUACUUUCCUGAUUCUUACAAGCCUCACUUCAGCUUCUUUUGCUGAAGAUUGUUACCAUUACAAAAUACAAAAAGCUGCUCCUUGACAUAUUGUCAUAGUAAACGUUAAUAUUCCCUUUUUACUAAUACUUCUAUUUAAUUUUGGCCCAUUUAUUCUGGCUCAAACAUUGUAUCAGUUGAUCCUUUCUUAAACAUUGUUUUUCAGCACUCUUCUCUGUAAUCAUUCCCUUCCCUUCCUUUUAUGGUUUCCACCUGAACAUCUAAUUUAUCACACUGCCCUGCGUCUGCAGGGGGAAUAAACUUAACUAUGUUUACUGGGAUGGGAUGAGGGUAUUGGUCUGGGCAACAGUGGCAUUCCACAAAAUCACAAUAUCCACAGUUAGAAAUGUUGACAUUCUUGGGUACAGAAUUACGUUCUAUGUGUGCAUACACAUAGAACACAUAGAAGUAGCUGCUUUAUAAGUAUUUGGGCAAAGUGACAUUAAAAUAUAGUUUGGUUAUACUUCAAAUAUUAUUCUUUUUACUUGCAGCCCUUCAGCAUGCUGGGAAGCACAUGGAGGAUUGCAUUGUGGCCUCGUACACAGCAUUGCUUCUGGGAUGCCUUUGCCAGGAGAGUCCAGUAAGAAAACUUUUCUGCAUGGUUACUAAAUGGGUUUAUAAGGCUGGGUAAAAGAGACUGUCUUGAAACCAUAAAAUGGAUCUUGGGAACAGGCAUUUUACAAUUUAAACUUCAGUUGUUAACCUUUUUCAACUACUUCAUAUGCUUUAAGCUGUCUCAAAAUGCAGUUUCCAUAAGGGGCAGAACCCAGCUUUGGGUUACAUUGCAUUGUCAAUUAAAGUGCCAAAGUUUGAUGCUUUUCAGUGUGUUAGUCUAAUGGAAGUUCAGUCAUACUUUCAGCAGAGCUCUCAGUAAUAAGCAGGCUCCUACAUGCUGAGCCAGCUCCUUGCUCUAUUAGCCUGAAUAACAACAGCUCUGAAUAACAACAGCUCUCCAAUGUAUUUGCCAGUCCUGUUGCUUACGAUGCUUGGGAUUAAAUGGAGUACCUUCUGCAUUCGAAGAAUGUGCUCUCUUACUAACCGGUUCCCCUCCCUGAGGAUAUAUUACACACUCAACUGGAGUGUCUAGGACAUGCUUGUAAAUAACCACAGAUGAAAAAACAUUACUAAAUCUUGUAGGGACAUUCUUCAGAGAAUGGGAAUAACUAAUCCUGUGGGUUGGUCUUUAUAUAUGCUUGAUAUUCUCUCCUUUUUAUUUUCCUGUGUGCUACAUUAUUUCAGUAGUUGUGUGGUUGUGUGCAACUGGAAAGGGGCAAGAAGGGGCUCUGGCUUUUCCAUUAAGGCUCGGGGUUUGCUUCCAACUUUCAUGAAACGUUGAGAUUUGUGACUUGGAAGCUCUUGUGUUUUAGUGAAAAACUGUCAACUACUAAAGGUUUGGUAGCAUUGUUGUGUCAAGGCACUGUAGGAAAUGCAGAUAGGUUUCUGACAUCGUGCCCGUACUGCAAGAAAGAUGCAUGUCGAGCAGGAAAAGAGAAUAAAUGUGCGGGUUGGUUACUCUAGCGUCGUGUUGGGAAGUCGAUUUAAUUGCCUUGUCAGAAACUUCCUAUUUCUGCAUUUAUUUCCUUAGAUCAAUGUGACUACUGUGAGGACAUACUUGCCUGAAGGGGAUUUCUCAAUCAUGACAGAAAUGCUGAAAAAGUUUCUCAGUUUCAUGAACCUUACUGUAAGUAGUAUAUUACAAUUGCUUAUUUGUCUGGUGCUUCAGAUCAAAAUGCUUGAGAAGACUUAUACCAGUAUGCCUGUCAUCUUAUGGAAGGGUAGGCAAGCUUGUUGGGUGUGUGUGGGUGUGUGGGUGUGUGUGUGUGUGUGUGUGUGUGUGUGUGUUACUAGGAACUCUGGAGGUACACCACUCAGAGCCAGGUGCAAAAAAUUGGUUUGCGAGAUGCACUUGCACAGAGCACCUCUGAGGAUAUAUGUUUGCAGUGCCAGAACUGAGCUCACAAUCCUUUGGUGCAAAAAUCCUGAUUCUCCUCUCCAAUGUUGUUUAUUAUUAUUAUUAAGUUUCAUCAGCCUAAUUGAGAAGCCUUUUAAUUGAUAUGGAAAAGUUUGCUGAACAACUGUAAAUAGCCCAGUAAUGUACCAGUCGAUAUCAUCCCGUCUUCUACAAGCCCUGAUGUAAUAGAAGGGCAGGCAUAGGAAGAUAAUCUGGAGUGACAGCUCCUUGUUAUUUCUCUCUCUGGUGGGGCAGUUUUCCACUUGUCAAGGAACUGUAACCCCUGUCCCACCCACCCCACUUAAUGGGGUUAACAGUGAGCAGGAUAAGUGAUUUAUCCUCUUCCAUCUGUCCAAAUGAGACCACUAGACUUGCCUCUAUUGUAGUCUGAGAAGCAGUCAAAUCCCACCCCCCAAAAAACCUAAGAUCACCUUCAAUCAAAUCAGCUGUGGCAGCUGCAGCAAAUCUCUCUGGUGUUGCAAGAUUGUUUUUGCAAAUUUAUUUAAAUAACAGCAGAUGUUAAAUGAUGGCUUCUGCUAAGGCUGAGACAUUAUAAAUUACAGGCCACUGUUCAUAAAUAGACCGCUUUGCUUGUAAAUGGGGAACUGCUGCUACUUAGGUUGAUGUAACAUAGCAUUCCAGACUGUGAUCUGCUGUCACAUAAUCCUUAAAUUAGGUGGGAAAAUGCAUAUUAAACGUUUAAUAAACGUCCCGUGCUUCCCUCCACACCUCCUUUCCUUCCCAGUGUGCUGUUGGGACAACAGGCCAGAAAACUAUCUCUAGAGUGAUUGAAUACUUGGAACACUGCUAGAAACUCGAGUCUUGCCGCAGGCACUUGAAUGCUGGAGCUCUACCCCUCCGAUAAAGGAAGGAAGUCGUGAAAGAAGUCCUCAAGGAAGCACCACCAAGAGCAUUCAUCAGUCUCAUUCGUGUUUGGAUUUUUAAGGCUACCUGGUCUCUUCACCAUACACUCAGCAUUUUCCGAGAGACAGUUCACCACCACAUCAAUCUGCAACUAUCAAAAAUUAGGGGGGAAAUAUCUGAGGAAAGUAAAUCAAGAAUUCAUUAUGUUUAUAAUAAUGCAGUGCAGUAUUUAAAUAUAUUUGGCAGGGUUUACUCUCCCUCUUUAUUUUUCUGGCUUUGUUUGUGACAACUUUAAAGGGGAAAACUUGCUGCUGGUAGUGCAACUGCUGUUUACUGUUGAGCCACUGUUUUUCAUGCCAGCCAGGUGCAAAGGCAGCUUUAGCUACUGAGGUAUCAAAAAUCUUCUAAUAAAGAUGCUCUGGGCAGCAGCAUUGCUCUGAUUUGAGUUUAAUUUGCUCUUGCUUUUUAAAGAGAUUAUUCCAAAAUCAUAAGAAAUAGAAAAAUUUUAAAUACUUUUUGUGAUUUUAACUACUGUCUAUAUUUAAAAUGUGUUGGAAUCCAAAGAGGUUGAGGCUUGGAUAGUUUAUUUUUUAUACUGUUUUGAUUGAAAAUUGGGUUGUUGGAAACUACUUCUCAGUUCUUAAAAUUGUUGUGGCCUACGUACUGUAAACUGAUUGACCAUAACACUUCAUAGCUCUAAGAGAGGCAUGCAGGAAGAAGAAGAAGAAAUAAUAAUCCCCUCCCAGCUGGUGACUGUCUGUAUUUCUUUGAAAUGCAGUAAUUGUUAAGCACCCUGUUUAAAAAGGACAAUGUGAAAAAAAUGUUCAAUGCCAGGGGAGUUUUCACUUCAUGAUGCACAAAAAAGAAAGGAAAAGAAGCUGUUGAUUUUUGUUUCAAGGAAGAAAUGUGGAGCUAAAACACCAGUGGGGAUUAAUGUUUCCAGUUGACAUAAUCUUUCUAUUUCUUCUCUAGUAUGGCGCAGGUAAAUGCAUACAAUACGAAGCCUUAAAUAGCUGAAUAUAGUGAAGAUUUUGUUCAGUAAGGGGUUCUAGUUCACAGCAAAGGAUUGUGUUGAGACUUUAAUGGAACAAAAAUCCCUGCUAAAUACUUUUGUAAAAGAGGUUUUGGACAUUAGUGACUUCUCGCACUCAUUGUUCCGAUGGACAGAAUUGCUCAUGGUUUUUAUUAAGCUGGUCUUGAAUUAUUCACAAAAUGUUUUGAGACAUUUGCAUCACAGACACUUUCCACAUUACCUGUGUAGCUAGUUGCAUCAUGUUACUUCAUUGAAUUUGUAAAACUUGAAGCCAUAAAAAUAUUAGUUCUGUGUAUAAUGAGGGGUGGGAGAAAUAACAGAAAAUCUAACCUGCUUUUUAGAUCUUGUGUUAUCUCCAUGUAUAAACUUACAAACUUGUGCUUUUGUAUCAGUGCCAGCUGUAAAAUUUUUACAUACAGUGGCUGCCUUCUAUGUCUUCCUAUUUUUGAUAAUGCAGAUUGUUGGGAAUUUGGUAAGGAAGUGACUGAUUAGAAGCAAAAUCCUAUAUUGGUCCUGCUUUUUUAUUUUUAUUUUCCUUAACAUCUUAAUUAAGCAAACUACCCCCCUACAAUGUACCAGUGUAACUUAGAAAAAAAAUGCUGAGGUUAUGUUUUCCCUUGGAUCGAGCUUCCUUAUGAGAGGAAGAGCAACUUAGUAAAGCUGUACUUGUAAAUUAUUUCUGAGAUGCAGGAUUUGCUGGAUAUAUUUUUUGGCAUUUAGUUUUAACAACUUAGAGCAAUGGCUUUCAUUUUUAGUUGGAUUUCAUAUAGAUUUAAGUUAGGCUUUUUUUCUGUAUGCGCAAUGACGGGGGAUGAUUAAAAAUAGAUGCAGUGAUGAGGUGGAAUCAGGAGCCACACUUCUCUGUUACACUGGUAAUGACCUGGAUCGGAAUUGGUUAAACUCGUUGCGUUGAGCAUUUCUUAAUUAGCAAGCACUGAAACAUGCAGACUGUUUGGUUUUUGGAGAGAGGGUCAGGAAACCACCCUGCAAGCUGCAGUGUGUUUUCUUGUUUUAAACCUCAUCAAGCUCUGCAUUAAAUGGGUACUUGAGGCCAACCUUCAAAUUUAAAAGUUUUAAAGUAACUUUUUUUCCACUGUAAAUAUAUAUGUAAAUAAGCGCAAUUGGAAACUAGAACAGUAGAGUACUUUUCUGAAUCCAAUCCUAUUUUUAUUUUAUACAGUAUUUCUCAGCUGUGAUAUUUGGAGCAAAAGCCAACGGCAGGAAUAAUAGUUUGUACCAGUUUCAUGAAGUAUGUCUUUUGGUUUUUGUAAAUAAUUUUAACUCGAAUAAAAAUUGCUACUUUCAAUACAUAACAUACAUGUAACG